AUGCCCUUCCACUGUAUCGACCCAUCGAGCGUGUCAGAGCCCAUUGCUGAUGACCCAUAUCAGGGCGAUGAGAUGGACUGCUGCUCCUCUGGACCCAGCAGCGCCCGCUACAGUGUGACCUGCCCCAUAAUCCACUUAAGGAGAUGGGUUAUGCUAAGUGGCACUUCCACGACUACACCAUCAAUUUCCCUAUUAGGGCCAGUGGGGGCCUAGCUAAAGCAGCCCGUCAAUACAGAUGGGCGAGUCAGAUAGUCAAAAAAGGAGACUGAGACGGAGGACAGUAGGGAAGCAUCUGGGCUCCCGGGUACAUAUAUAUUUGUUUAAUGUUGUACAAGAUUGCGUUAUACAGUGAGGGAAAAAAGUAUUUGAUCCCCUGCUGAUUUUGUACGUUUGCCCACUGACAAAGACAUGAUCAGUCUAUCAUUUUAAUAGUAGGUUUAUUUGAACAGUGAGAGACAGAAUAACAACAACAAAAUCCAGAAAAACGCAUGUCAAAAAUGUUAUAAAUUGAUUUGCAUUUUAAUGAGGGAAAUAAGUAUUUGACCCCUCUGCAAAACAUGACUUAGUACUUGGUGGCAAAACCCUUGUUGGCAAUCACAGAGCUCAGACAUUUAUUGUAGUUGGCCACCAGGUUUGCACACAUCUCAGGAGGGAUUUUGUCCCACUCCUCUUUGUCAUUAAGGUUUCGAGCCUGACGUUUGGCAACUCACCCCUUCAGCUCCCUCCACAGAUUUUCAAUGCGAUUAAGGUCUGGAGACUGGCUAGGCCACUCCAGGACCUUAAUGUGUUUUGGGUCAUUGUCAUGCUGGAAUACCCAUCCACGACCCAUUUUCAAUGCCCUGGCUGAGGGAAGGAGGUUCUCACCCAAAAUUUGACGGUACAUGGCCCCGUCCAUCGUCCCUUUGAUGCGGUGAAGUUGUCCUGUCCCCUUAGCAGAAAAACACCCCCAAAGCAUAAUGUUUCCACCUCCAUGUUUGACGGUGGGGAUGGUGUUCUUGGGGUCAUAGGCAGCAUUCCUCCUCCUCCAAACACGGCGAGUUGAGUUGAUGCCAAAGAGCUCGAUUUUGGUCUCAUCUGAACACAACACUUUCACCCAGUUCUCCUCUGAAUCAUUCAGAUGUUCAUUGGCAAACUUCAGACAGGCCUGUAUAUGUGCUUUCUUGAGCAGGGGGACCUUGCGGGCACGGCAGGAUUUCAGUCCUUCACGGCGUAGUGUGUUACCAAUUGUUUUCUUGGUGACUAUGGUCCCAGCUGCCUUGAGAUCAUUGACAAUAUCCUCCUGUGUAGUUCUGGGCUGAUUCCUCACCGUUCUCAUGAUCAUUGCAACUCCACGAGGUGAGAUCUUGCAUGGAGCCACAGGCCGAGGGAGAUACUUAUUUCCCUCAUUAAAAUGCAAAUCAAUUUAUAAAAAAAUUUACAUGCGUUUUUCUGGAUUUUUUUGUUGUUAUUCUGUCACUCGCUGUUCAAAUAAACCUACCAUUAAAAUUAUAGACUGAUAAUUUCUUUGUCAGUGGGCAAACGUACAAAAUCAGCAGGGGAUCAAAUACUUUUUUCCCUCACUGUAAAUGGUCUGGCUAUUUUCAAAAACCUCUUUGAUCCAGUGAAGUGUACCGUUUUAAAGUAAAUCGAAAGUUUACCUUUCACAGUCGCAGUGGCUGAACUAAUUUUUGAGUGAUUGAUAAUUGGAUCUUAUCGUACAAUUAGCGGUUUCCUCCUAUCAGGAAAUCUGUGUCCAUGAAACAGGCUCUCGCAUUGAUUCCCCCGCAUUGAUUCCCCCUCGCAGGGAUGCAAGUGGUAAUAUUUCCCUCCUCCCACUAUCCUCAGCUUUAAUUGAAAUGUAAAGGAUGCCUCACUGGUUGCACGGCAAUGUUGUGCCUAAUUUAUUUUGUCAAUCGCUGGACCUCUCCAUGGUUGGUCAUUAUCUUGUACUUCCAGCAGUGCCUUUGGUUCUAUCUCAGCGUCAACGUGAAAUAAAUGUUAAAAUCCUAAAGGUGGCAUACUCUGAAUAUAUAAACACUCUGCCAAGAACUCGGCUUUAACUUUUUGGGGGGACAACAAAGAUGGAAGGCAUUUUUACAGCUGUAUCGAAAGGUUAGGGUUUCUUAAAAUGUGUGUCUGUGCUGGGCUGAUAAUAACAAUUUCAAAUUUUUCUCUAUGUGUGGUCUCUGCAGAGUGUGGUUCAGGAGGAUCGGGUUCAGGUAUUGAGAGCUGCGAACAGGACAGGUGUCGUACGUUCGGAGGCUCGUGGGACGAGGACGCAGAGGACGACCGCUGUGUCUGUGACUUUGACUGCCAUCGCGUGCCUCGCAACCCGGUAAGCCUUAUCCUCCAUAACUUAGCCCUCCACAAACAACCACAACCCUGUACGUGGGUUUUACUGCAAUAGAGGUGGUUUUCAGUUUCACACAAGCCUAGGUAAUUCCUAGGUAAUGAAUGCAUGACAUCUGACAUUUACAUUCAAAUGUCUGUGCAAUCACAUUUUCAUAUUGAGAUUGACCUUGCAAUGUCACGUGUUUGAAAAGGAAUGAUGUACUUAGAGUAACUUUGAAAUUAAAUCACACGCUGAUAUGUUCCAGCAUUCAUGUGAUUAUGACUACGAUUCUCCUCAGGUGUGUGGCUCAGAUGGGAAGACCUACAGCAACGAGUGUGAAAUGAAGAAAGCCAGGUGCGAAAGGCAGGAGCACCUGCUGAUCCAGAAUCAGGGACCCUGCACAGGUGAGCAGCCUGGACACCCCACCAUAACUGAUCUAAGAUCAGCCAGAGUGAUAACCCAUCUCUUACUUUGAGAGAUAACCCAUCUCUUACUCGUAAUUCACCCAGCUUAGUACUUUGUCAUAAAGCAACGCCUAGAAAUCCUGUUGUUUCUUCUGAACACCACUUUGGUUGGUAGCCUAUCCAACACAGUGCCAAAGCUGGCUAGCGAGAGCUUCCCUCCCCCGAUUGGAUGCCUACAUAUAGCUCAACAUGCAUGUGGCUACCAAAGGCUCUAGGCUGCCACCACAGAUGCUAGGCAAAAGUAGGGAAGGCUUGUUCUAUGUCUUGUUCUACGUUCUAAGUCCCUGCCUUGGCAGUGCAAACCAUGAGCUCUCUGUAGUAGGCCAGAGAAAAGCAAAGGGCACAUAAGAUAUUCUGUGUGAUCACUGCAGCUCGUUUGAUUCCCUGCAGCCCUGAAAAGAGCGAGGGAGCAAACGAAAGAGAGAGAAAUGGAGAGAGCUCUCCGCUCCGGUUUCACACUCACAUCCCUGUAGAGUCGUCCCUCCUAAGCUGGCCACUUUGGGCGCUUUCUGUCACGCUUCUCCACAAUCCGCAGAGAAUCAAUUCCUUUUUUCUUGUGGAGUGCUAUUGGUGCGCGAGCUCAGGGCCCUCUUCUUCUCCCAAAAAGCUCAGAUCAAUUGGAAUCUCUUCAUUAGCUAUGCAUGGAGGAACUUGUCUUUGACCACGGUUUGACCUCCAAGCCUUCAAUCUCAAGGAAGCACCUGACUGCUUUAACUUGACAAAGGGGGUUUGAACUCAACACAACCUUGUGUUGUUGUUUUUUACUGUCUUAUGUGGUUUAUAAACACCUUACGUGUUGUGUCUCUGGGAAAAUGUUUCAUCAUGCCUUUCUGAGUUCUUUGAUCUAUGACAGCUGUCUCAAAUAACUUUCAAGCUGUCCUAUUUUGCAUUUUUUUAUCAGAAAACUGGGUCAGUGAUUCCAGUUUUCAUGAGGUCUAAAGAAAGAUUCUGUGGUAUAUACCGUUGCUUAGUACACAGGCACUCAAUUCUCCCCUUGUUGAAAUACAAAGGCUACAUACAUAGCCGUGGCAGCAGCAGACCUUGAGAUAGAGAGAGAGAGUAAUACUCGCAUAUCAGAGAGAACUGUAUUGUGCCAGACAAUGGCCACUGUAGAGGAAAAACCAAUAGGUUGAAGAACAUAUGAAAUUAAAAGUUCUCUCUUGUCCUAAUAGGCUCAGUACAGAUAGUAGCGGGAGCGCUGAAAAGUGGCAAGUUAAUGAACUGUGUCCAAAGCUCAUCGCUGGAGUGGAAAAGCACUGGAAAAAGAGAGAGCAAGUCAUCACCAUUAGGCUUCGGCUCAUAUCCACACCAGUAACAGUGUGAUUUAUGGGCCGGUAGCUGCAGCCUCCAAACUCCAAAUGAGGAACACAAGAGAGGAAGAAAGAAAGAGCGAGCGAGCGAGGGGGAGAGUUCUUCCUCCCAACUCUACCACUGGCGGCCAUUUCGAUCCAAGGCCUGAAGAGAGUUUAAGCAAUAAUAUAUUGCCUUGGCCGUUGAACAACCCCCCCUCCCUUCCUCUUUUCCUUCCAUCCUUCCAUAUCUCGCUCAUUUCCCUUGUACACAAGUGCUCUGUUGGGUAACAUAUUUGUUUGGGGUGUGUUGUAUGCGGUUUUCGAGCUGUCACGUCGCCGUGGAAUCUGGCGCUCCCACAGACAAAACAACUACACACAUACGCUCACAGAUUGGCCCAGUCCAUCAAAUUCAGCCGUAGACUCGUUUUUUUUCUGCUUCUGCGAGCUUGUAGCGACGUUGUGUCGCGCUCUGCAAUUUCACAGGAGAACAAAUUAAGAGAAUAGGGCUCCUAGGAAGUGGCAAAUGUCAGCUGUUGCAAAUCCACUAGGAACACCAUUGUUUAUUUUCACUGCACUGGAGGUAAUAGCAUAAUUCUCCCUCUGAUUUUGAGCCAUUGUCAGGAUUGGGAAAAUAUCAUUGUUAUCUGGAAGCCAGAUGCCAGCUUCUCCACCCCUGGCUUUCCAGGCGAAACUCAUUGUUGCAUGUUGUUCAGAGAUUGUGUCUUCUAAUUCCCCUUAAAAGAGCCUUCACUGUCACUUCUCUCCCUCUUUUGUUCCAUCCUCCGUUUCGGCCCCUCAUCAGCAAUUUCGGCCACCUCUCCGACAGAGCUGACAGCGCCGGAACACUGCAGUCAGUCAGUCUAUGGCUGUUGCCGGGACAACAAGACGGCGGCCCUUGGUGUGGGACUUGCCGGAUGCCCCAGUAAGUGCGCCAACCUCUCACAUGACAUCCAACCUCUCACCUCUGAGCAACAGCAGACCGUUUCCAGUCUCGCCUCUGACCCCUCGUAUUAUAUCCAUCACAAUGGUAUUCACUUAUUGACCAGAUGCGCACAAUCAGCCUAGCAUACAAUUCUUUAAAAUGAAAACCUGCAUAUAAAGUGAUAUCUAAAGGUGAACAUAUAAGGCUGGUUUCCUGGACACAGAUUCAAGUCUAGUCCUGGGCUGGGUUUCCCAAAAGCAUCGUAGCACUAAGAUCAUCUUAUUUCCAUUGAAACAAAAUGUACGAAAGAAAGAUGAUCUUAGUGCUACGAUGCUUUUGGGAAACCCAGCACUGGACUAGACUUGAAUCUGUGUCCAGGAAACCAGCCUUAUAUGUUGACCUUUAGAUAUCACUUUAUAUGCAGGUUUUCAUUUCAAAGAAUUGUAUGCUAGGCUGAUUGUGCUCAUCUGGUCAAUAAGUUAAUACCAUUGUGAUGGAUAUAAUACGAGGGGUCAGAGGCGAGACUGGAAACGGUCUGCUGUUGCUUUGCUGUUGUAGCUAUAGAUAAUUAUCUAAUUAAUUAAAUAAUUCAAUGUCAUUGGUGUCCCCUAGGUACAUGCCAGUGUAACCCGUACGGCUCAUACAAGGGGACUUGUGACCCGGCCAGCGGCCAGUGCUCCUGUAAGCCCGGCGUCGGGGGACAGAAGUGCGACCGCUGCGAUCCAAGCUUCUGGAACUUCCGCGGCAUCGUCACAGAGAACUUGAGCGGAUGCACACGUAAGAGACCUCCUCCUACUCUGCCUCUUUCGCCAUCUCUUUUCUUCUCAUGAACUGUCCUUACGUAGGAAACAGAAGAGUUAUGGUCCUGUAUAGCACAGUUAGUAGACUAUGACACUUGCAACUCAAGGUUUAGGAAUUUUUUUAUUUGACUUCUCUAUAGACCCUUUUCCAGUACACGACACACUGACGUCACGGACAGAUGUGCCCGACUCUUUGCGGCAGUAAGAAAGCCAUCGCCAUCUGCGCCCAUUCAACAUAGCCUAGAUUUACGUUUUUUUUAAACUUCUAAACAAAAUAGAUUUUUGGGGUUCUCAUACGCUUACAAUUAUGUUUUGAUUCUUGCUUGAACAGUCGCUAAGAUUAUAUUUGGUUGUGAUCUUUGCAAAAUAACUAUUUUGGAUGCAGCAGUUGUUAGCUAGAAUGCUAACGCUCAUUGAUAUAGGCUGUAGCAAAAGCUAGCCAAAGAGCCAUUUUACUGGUUGAAGUUGAAGUGUUUUUUAAGUAUAAUGCAGUUGAUUUGCGAUGAUGACACAAACAUUAAAUUAAGCAGGAUAUUCAUACAAGCCUUAAAAUCCAAUUAUAAUCCAAAAGUAGUGUGAAAUGCACUCAUGUGGCAAUGUUUGUAAACACAGAUAGGGGUCUAUUGGGCCGUCUAGUAUUUUUUUCCUUUUGGGCUUGACUUCAGCUAAACUGCAGUACCGAAAGUGCCCUCUGAGCACAGUGGAAAGAGUGCUUCCUGACUGGAACACUGGCCCCAUGAGGUUUACUCACGGACAAGCAAACAGUACACACAUCAGUGCAGAGUUCAGCAGGGGGAAAAACAUUGAUUCCAGGAACAUGAUGGGGUUUGAUGUUGUCCCUUGCGGGCUGGUGGCUCUCUGUGAUCUUGUUGGCCCAUCUACCCUCUCCCAUCUUGCCACAGGGCUGUCUGGCUGGCCUCGGCCUGAACUAUCUCUGACCCCAGUCCCCGACAAUGAAGCGCUGAGAUUUACAUCAACCCAGGGGUCACUUCUGAGUUGGCCUGUGUGUGUGUGUGUGUGUGUGUGUGUGUGUGUGUGUGUGUGUGUGUGUGUGUGUGUGUGUGUGUUUGUGUGUGUGUUUGAAAGAGAGUGUGUGUGUAGGGGCUGGUUUCUCAGACACAGACCAAGCCUAGUCCUGAACUAAAAAGCAUAAUAGAGAAUCUUGGAGAGUGUUAGGGAUAGAGUAGAGGGAUAGUCUUUCAUUAUGAUGAACAGAUGGACUUUUAUUCACUGUAUUCUAUGCAUCCCUUUCUCUCUCCAUCCCUUUCUCCCUGUCUCUCUUCCUCCAUUCCCCCCUUCUUCUCCCUAUUCAUAUCUCCCUUUCUCUCUUUCUUUCUCUCUUUCUCUCUUUCUCUCCCUCGGUGUUCCAGCGUGUAACUGCGACGCGGUGGGCUCGGUGAGGGACGACUGCGAGCAGAUGUCAGGCCUGUGCUCCUGCAAGACGGGAGUGAAGGGCAUGAAGUGCAACGUGUGCCCCGACGGCAGCAAGAUGGGUGUGAGCGGCUGUGACACAGGUAAGGUGGAGCCCCCGCUGACUGACGUGUGCCACCUGCUAACUCGCCGCGACAUCGAUGAAGCAUGGCGAGUGUGGUAACACCUCUCGUCUAGUCCCUGUUACUCCUCUCGUCCAGGGGGCGGCCUUGCAGAGCCUUUUAAUGAACUCAAUGGCUUUUUCUCAAAGACACGUGUUUUAGCAGCAUUUAGAACAGUGAACACGUUUGCAGUACAAUAGCUGUCGUUGUUCAUGGUGUUAUCUGAAGGAAAAACAAAUCAGAAUGGGAAAUAUUUUAAGCACUUCUAUUUUGGCCAUUUAUCCAGUAUCCAGUCAUUUAGCCCUCUAUCAGUAGUUUCCCUCGCCCUCCUCCAUUCUAAUUUAGCCCAAUGAAUACACACAUAACUCCAGUUGACGGAAAGGGAAGGUGAGCCCCUGCUGUGUCGUCCUGGUCUCGUUAAGACCCACCGUCAGCUAUCGACAGGAAAUCAAGUGCUUAAUGAAGUCAAUAGUCCCAGCCCAGCAGUGGUGGUCUGUGGCGUACCGGUAGAUGAAAAAAGAGGGUCCUGGUGGUGGGGGGGUACAUGAAAACCAAGAGGAGGCGCUCCGCACGGCUGUUAUGUCAGCGCAGAGAGCCCACACUCAGCGCCUCAGGGGCUCAUGGGUAGGAUUCUGGGGCCAAGCCCCUGCUGCUGCUGAUGCAACCCAGUGGUGAUAUGUGUCAACGCUUCUAACAGGUUCCUUGGUGAAAGUACCAGAGAUCAGUGCUGCUUAGACGCCCAGCCAAAACAAUACAUUUUUUAAUUGUCUUGAAAAGAGUCCACAAAUUUACUUUAUAUUAAAGAUUCAUCAUUAAUAUAAUCUGUAUGGAAAGCAUAACCAUUAAUUCAUCUGCAUAACCUACCCAUGUUUUUAUAUGUGGAACUAUUACUGCGCAUAUCAAAUAUGAUGAUGAUUAUCAACUAGGAUUAAGGGCAGUUAAGAGCGCCAAGCUCACAUGCUAAUGUGAGCAUCAUGAUUUGGCCCAGGAAUACCCAAUUAGAUGAAUGGCCAGUGAUGCCAUAGCUGCCUAUCUAUUGUCCCAUGAGUUGAUUUGAACCCCUCAUUCCCAUCUCAGGUGCCGAUGCCCCAACCUCAUGUGAUGAGCUGGACUGCAAGUUUGGCGCGUUGUGUGACAAGGUCAACGGUCAAGUCCACUGCGAAUGUCCCUCUCCCGACUGUGACGAGAAGAACAAGACCAAGGUGGGCCUCUACAUUCUCUUCUCUAUGACCAAUCAGUCCUCUUCUCUAUGACCAAUCAGUCCUCUUCUCUAUGACCAAUCAGUCCUCUUAUCUAUGACCAAUCAGUCCAUACUGUCAGAAGUCCAGCACAGAAUCCAGACCCCAGCACCUGGAACUACCAAGCUUCAGUUCCCCAUUUAGUAGCAACGGUGGUUGGUAGUAGGCAACGCUAGAGUUAACAAGUUGUAGCUUCUUCUUGUUCUCUCUUUUUCCCGAGCAGGUGUGCGGCUCUGAUGGGGUGACCUACGCUGAUCAGUGCCAGCUGAGGACCAUUGCCUGUAGGCAGGACAAGCAUAUCACAGUGGAACGCUUUGGCCAGUGCACAGGUGAGCCCCGUUUGGCCUCCAUACAUCAUACUAGGGGAAGUCCAACUCCUGUUGUCAGGCCCAUAUCAAAAGAUAAUGAGUAAUGCCACAGGCAUCGGAAAGACCAACUGUCCUCUCUCUAACUAUCUGGACUAGGGGAUAUGGGUUGUGUCCACUUUGGGUUUGGUGCCGUAUUGCUUCACUGUCUCUUUCACUGUUUUCAGUUUGUCUGUGGAUAGCCUUUAUAGUUAUACUUAUAAGUACGUAAACUUUACUUUACACAUUACUGUAGUAACCUCUUAUACGGUCUAACUGUUUUAAAAACACUUUUUGAGACUGACUUCACAAGAUAUCAUCAAGUCUUUUUAUUGUAGUGUGUGUGGGCUUUAUAUGUCAAGAAUUUGCAGUAAAGCACAAGUUUUCUCUGUGGCCACCAGUUGUGGAAAUAACGAACAGCUGGCUUGUCGUCAACAUACCUGUGAGCGCAUACGAUGACAGCUGAGGCUCUUUACCCAUCAUCCUCCCUGCUUGGGAUUGCAGUGUCACUGCGAGUGAAAUCAACACCGUGGCUGACAGAGAGGAGCGAGGAAGAAGGAAAACAAAGUCUUGGGAGAGAAACGAGGCCUGACGGAUGCUCCCCUGUAGAUAGAGAUGCUGCAGUUUGGAUGGAGCCUGCUGAGCCACGGAUUCCCCAGAAAGGAGUGACAUUUCACUGUUUGAUUCCCUCCACCCCUGUGUGGAUUAGGGAGGUUUAGCUCCAAAAACCUCUGUGGGGAAUCCUUCAAUCCCUGUCGCAUUUUUUAGCUGGAUGGAGUGCACCACUACACUGAGUGGUAUAGUGUGCACUGGGACAAGCGCCAAGGCCGUGGCUUUCAUGUACGAUGGACGUGUUGAGCCGAGCACCGGCAAGCGUCACGGCAGGGCCCGCGGGGACAGCAUGGCACUGGGAAGCGCUGGCAGGCGGGCACAGGAAGGUUGGACAUGGGCCAGUGCCAGGUGCCUAGCAUCUCGCUCAGGAAAAUGUUUGCUCACCUCACCGCUUAGCGCCCACAGAUCAGACGAACGCAAAAAACAGCAAUUCGAGAAAAGCCUAAUUCUCUUACUCCCUGCUGAUCUUGGUGCAGUUUGUCAGGCCUAAAGUAGGUGCAAUACUUCGGAGACUCCACCUCAAUCCCUAACCAAGGCUUCUGAAAUAGCGCUUUGUGGUGGACUUAUACAUACAGGUACACUGGAGUAACAGUAAUUUUCUCUAUAAGAGGCCAACAGCGCUUUGAUAGGCCCGGAACAUCUGGUGAUUAGAGAUUCGUUACCGGUGAAAUUCACUCCAGACUCAUUCUCUGUUGCCUGGCGAUGGAAAGGGAAAGGGGCUACCUAGUCAGUUGCGCUACUGAAUGCAUUCAACCGAAAUGUGUCUUCCGCAUUUAACCAACCCCUCUUAAUCAGCGCCCGGGGAGCAGUUGUUGUUGGGGGUUAACUGCCUUGCUCAAGGGCAGAACGGCAGAUUUUUCCACCUUGCCGGCUCAGGGAUUAGAACCAGUGACCUUUCGGUUACUGAACCGCUAGGCUACCUGCUGCUCACAUGAGACAUUGGUAGUAUGUAAUUCCUUACCUAGUGUGUAGCCUUAUUCGGAGGGAGAAAGAGUUGUAACAGAGACCGCUUUCUCUCUCUCUCUCUCUCUCUUUCUGAGCCUGAGGGGAAAGCCAGGUGAACACGACGGGCCUCCGACUUGUCACAGCAGCUCUUUUCAUUUCUUCCUUCGGAUGCGGUUGCGCCAUGGGUAGCGGGCUCCUCCGCCGCCCCCAUGUUGGGGGUUAGCGCGCGAGCUCAUUUCACGUGUGACUGGGUGCAAAUUAGCAUUAGCACUGCUCCACCCUCCUACCGCCGCUGCCCCUCGUCUCCUGCUGAUCUGAUGCAGCUCUUAGUAAGAAUUACAGAAAUAACUUCAAUGCUAACACCUAGCGCAGAAGCACUACUGAGGGCCUAUGCCAUUCCUACAGAAACCAUAGUCGAGCUACAAGCCUCAAGCCUCCUUGAUCUGAUGUAACUCCACCGUCGUAUUGUACGUCAGUGCUAAUGGCUCCACACUGAAGCAAGUUUUGCAGAAAGUACAUCAAAUGGCUACUGCUGUUAUCUGACCCAUCUCUCAGGCACUUUUGAGUCUUCUCUAUACUACACAUAAUUACUGCUUAUGGCUAUGUAGCCCAUCUCAGAGCUAGAUGAACCAAUCCAGGGGAAAACCAGUGAAAGCGUGAAAGGUACAAGCCACUAAAAGAGGGUAUUUGAACGAAUGAGAAACUUCUGGCACCGAUCUUGUCCAGAAGUUGGCCAGUGGCCUGGUUCUCCCAUAUGGUGUCAUCACCUCUACGUUUGCGGCAAAUUGGCAGCGAACACAAGCAUAUGGCAUCAUCAGUUUUCUGCCUGAAUGUUAGUCAGGGUUCUCUUGUCUUAUACGCCUCUCCCUCAGUCCUCCCAUUUUCCCAGAUGAAUUUGUCUUCUCUCCCUCCCUCUCUCUCUAUCUCUCUCUUUCUCUCACCUCAUACUUUCCCUCAUCACUUCUUGGUCUUAUUUCCUCUGUCCCUCUUUUCCUGUCUUGGUCUCUUUCUUUUUCUUUUUCUCUUUCUCCCCCUCCCCCACUGUUUUUCUCCCUCUUCCAUUUUCUCUCGACAUUCUAAUAUGAGAUUCCUCCUCCCCACUGAUCAUGGCAGACACUGCAAACAAUCUUAAUAACCGGCUUUCAAAGAUAACUACAUAGCCCAGACAAGUGAAGAUGACAAUGAUUUUUCUCCCGCCCGCCCGCCGAUAUAACAGUCUGCCUCUCGGGAAAAAAAGCAAAAAGCAAAUGGAGCGUUAAACCUGAUUAAGGAAAGCUUCCACCAAACUGACUACACUGUCAGUUGUUCUUCCUACCUUUCUUUCUUUCUCUUUCUCUUUGUUUUAUUUUACCCAUACAUCCUCGAGCAUUUGCCGCCAAAGGACGCCGUAUCCCAGACACCUGCUCCCCUGGCGCCGCCGACGCAAGGCUUGGCACCUGAGUGACAGGUGUAGCCAAUAGAAAAAGUAAAGUGUGCCACCGCCUCGCUCACGGCGAUAGCAAUCACUGUUGCACUCUCAGGGCUAAGCUGACAUACUGUAUCUCUCCAGACUGGCUCCUCUGCCUCCUCUCCUCUGGAGCCUAGCAGGGUGGAAGAUAGUGGGGUGCCUGGCUGAUAAUACCCAGCGCUUCGUCAAGGUAUCACAUUUCACACUUCACGGUGUAAUUGCCGAUCAAAUAAGAGAUUAUUAGUGUGCAAUUAAAUCCUACGCAUAAUAUUAGCCAAAUUCAAAUGAGGUUUUAUUUCCCCCCUCGACACACAAUGGAUGGGGUAGGAGCAUCAGUAUCGUUAUGCCUAUCGUUAUGCCUGGCUGGCUCGCCAUCAUCCUAGCAGCUACACUCUCAGACUCACCUCUACCCCUCAGGAUUUUUUGUCCUAUUGUAUCGGUUUUAUCCGAUACAUUUUUGUCUUUGUACCAAAGCCUUGCAUGGGUAAUGGUCUCAGCUCAAAGAAAAAAAGCGGUCCCUCUCUCUGCUGACAGCAGGGAAAGGGUUUCGGAGAGUGUUUUUUGGAUGGCAUGUAUGACUGUGUUGACAAGGCUGCCUGACGCGGCGGAGUUGACGGAUGCUUGUGCGGCUGUGAGCCGAGUCUGUAGUCUUUGAAGCCAAAGUAAAACCCAGCUUUUUCUGCCCCAUUUAUAUCAAUCAUUCAUCACCAGAGGCGCUGGCUGUCUGUGAUUAAAGCUCCACUACAGGAGGGCAACAUUUGAAUAUGGAUAUAUAAUUCAUACCCACAGACACACACCAACACUGAAGAAAAACACACGCCUCACAAACACACACACACCGACACACACACACGCCAGUGCAACUGCAGUGCAGCUUAACCCUAUAUAGGCCACAUUAUUCUUCUCUGUACACAAACAGACUGCAGUGCAUUUGAACUCAACAGUAUGCAGUGGUGUAAUGUACUUUAGUAAAAAUACAACUUACUUCUGAAAAAUCUGAAUUAAAAUAAAUUAUUAAUGAAAAUACAAAUGUAAAGUCCUGUAUUAGUGGACCGAUAUAGCCGUCUGUAGCGCAUGCAGAAAAACAUCUGCCGCAGUGAAAAACAUCUGCCACUGUGGGAAGCUUUGGAGUCAACAUGGGGGUGCAACUUAAUAUUAGGAUGGUGUUCCUAAUGUUUGGUAUACUCUGUAUAUUCCAUAUUGCAAUGAGACUGGCCUAUGCUAUUGUAUGUCGAUCUGUAUUGGGUGCUCAGGUGCCUGACGUGACCAUAACACACAAGACUGAACCAUAAAGGGUACAACAUUUAAAAACAAGGAGAGGGUGGGGGGGAGGUCGUAUUUGGUAAAGGUGUACAUGGGGACUAUAAGGAGAGAAAAACCAAAGCAUUUCCAUCUUUGCUUACCCAUUCAUCCAUUCCUUGCUUCCUCUCCUCCCCUUCCUUCCCCAUGCAGAAAGCAUCAUAGAGCCGGCCGGCCGACCCACUCCUUACCCCCCCACCUCCCACGCCGCCUCCACCACCCCCUCCACCGCCCACGUCAGGCUCACGUCGCCGCACCACGGCACAUCACUCUCUCCCUGGGACGAUGAUCUAACGGAGAGGCCACCGGCCUCGUUCGUGGAAGCCUUGCCGCCCCCCAUGGCCACGGAGAGCGCUCUCACCACCAACCGCCCCGUCACCACCCCCCACCACCCACCUCACUCCACCACCCCCCACCUGCCCGGUCACACCAGCCCUGGCUCCUCCCCUACCGCCUUUGAAGACUCAGGGAGCGGCGAGCCCAGCGGAGACGACCAGGUGGAGGAAGAGGAGGAGAAUGAGGAAGAAGGUAGCGCUUUCGGAGUUCCGGAGGCGAGCGGAGAGGAGCCAGUUGGUAAAUCAAAGCUCUUUCACUUCAUUACCCAUAAUGCUGCUCUGCUAUGGGUCAGAGGUCAGAGUGGGAGGGAAGGGUUGAAUAUGGGCCUCUGACCUGACUCACGGUUUGAUAUGUCUCAUUGCUACAUCAUAAACCAUUUAAACAGGUCAUUAUCUGAUAUUAUACAACAAACAUAGAGGUGUGCAUUUUCAAAGUGCUUUCAGUUAGGACUAAUCCAAAUGUUAGGCAGAGAAAUACCAGAAUGUAUUCUAAACCCAAGACUGUUGUCAUGGUAUCCUCCAUUCUUUCAAAAUAUAAAGCUAUUUUCACAUUUGAAAAGUUUCUCUCACCACGUAACUGAUUUUGUAGAAUUGGAAAACAGAAAAGCUGAUGAGGUUAUUGGCUUAUGUCGGGGGAUUGUUUCAAGCCUGAGUUGUUAGCUUGAUAAGAAUAUCUUACCUUGUCAUUGCUACAUAAUGAUACGGAACACGACUCUCUUUCUACACACUAAAAUCCCUCUACCGCAUUCCGGCCUUAUAGCUAAACCACUCCGCGAAGCACCACACUUCAGAGACUGCUAGACAAACCCUUUUCAAUCAGCUUUUUUACCAUUCCAAAGCUCUGUGACCCCUCAGUCUCCCAACAGCUUGCUGUGACACUCCUGAAUUGAUGGAACACAAGCCUCUGCACUUCCUCAGUCGCUUACCCCACCCUCGCAGAUUUAUUCUCUUGUCAGCAGUGGACCGGAGCGCUCGCUGGCGCCCAUGGCCUGUCUGCCAAGGAGACCUGGUUCUCCUGCCUGCCUGUGUGUGUGUGUGUGUGUGUGCGUGCGUGUGUGUGUGCGUGCGUGGAUAAUUUUUGUCUAGGUGUGUGUGUGUGUGUGUCUAAGUCUAUGUGUGUGUGAGUGGGUGGAUGUUUGUUAGCCAGUUCCAUGGCUCUCAGUGAAGCAAUACAUAGUCCCUGAGCCGUAGCACUCCCCCCUACCCCCCACAACUUAAUCGCCGUGCCCGUAAAGAUGCCCCGUAGAUUCUAACCUCCUCCCUCCAUCCCUCCAACUCCUUUUCCACAGUCGUUUCUCCACGGACGCACGCGGCUGUCUCGGUGGCUUCGGUUUCACUUACGGGGGUGACGGCGAGAGUCGUUGAAGAGACAACCGUCCCCCUGACGUCUUUACAAUUUAUUCAGUGAGCUGCGGUUCUUUGCUUGACGAUCAUUUCUAAUCUUGGGGUGACCAUAAAGCUGCUCCUCAGAGAACAACUAGCCUCUUCACAAAGUAGUUAGUGCCAUUAUUACAUAUGCACCCUAUUAUGUAGCCACUACAGUAUAGUUCACAUUAUGCAAAUGAGCUCCAGAUGCAACUCUUUGAGACUGGGGUUAAGAGGGUGUUAUGAAGUGUUAUGAAGUGUUAUUAAGCAUUAUGAAUUCUCCCCUCCCCAGACCCCACAGCCGCGGCCACCACCAUCCCCACCGCGGAAGAUCGCUCGUCAUGUGACAACACUCCCUUCGGCUGCUGUCCCGACGGCAAGACGGCCUCCAGCAGCCCUGAGGGAGCCAACUGCCCCCGUAAGUACCCCCAAAACCUCCCUCUUAUUCCCCCCUUCUCCCGCUCCCCUCCCCUCCUCGACCCCAACCCCCCACCCACUUCUUCAACUCCCUAAGGAGGCACACAUUUUGAAUAUGAAACAAUAUGCUCAUAUUGAAUCUGAAGCUGCGUUGCUUCAUUCUCGCCAAGCAAACGACAACAUAAAUAGUCACUACCGUCCAUGAAAUGUAUUAUGUCAAACCACAUUUGCAGCACGCCAAAUCACGAAUGACGAAACGCAUCACGAAUAUCCGUGUAUGUCAGCUGUGGCAAGGCGCUAACGAUGAUGUCAUAUGUCGUCAAUCGAUUGAUUGCCCAUUCAGCCAAACUGUUACUGAUAAUAGAGCGUCUCGCGCCUUAGUCAAUACGCCAGAACUAUUUCUCCUCCCGGGGAAGGCCUGUCAGCCAGAUAUCACAGUCAUUAGGAUGGAAAUGACAAGUCCAUGGCGACCAGCCAGGUGCAAUAUCUAUCAGCAGAGUGUCUCGCUGUAUUUUCCUCCUGUAUUGACAAAGUGUCAGUGAUCUCUCUGAGAGGAGCUAACUGCUAGUCGCUAACGCCUAUCGUCUGAAGCCUUAGAUGACAGCGUUUAUCGGGCGAUCUGAAGUUAUCAGAAGGUGUGGACAAAUUGUAGUGGUGCACCGAUGGACAUUGUGAUUGUGUUUUUGUUCCGUUAAUCAUUCGAAUCCCCACAGUACACCCAAAAAUGUUUAUGCAUCAGCGUAGUCGCAAGAUUUGAUUCGGGGUAGCCAAGAUAAGCAUCAGUGGGAGUGAUUCUAAUUACUAAUACUUUGUUGCCACAUCAUUUAAACAUCUGAAAAGUGUAAUACUGUAUGUUAUACAAAGUUUUAUAUAUUUGAAUGAAGAAAUAAUGUGCAUGAUUUCCAAAUGUAAUACUAAGAGCAAAGCUACUGUCAACACUCCCAAUGCAAGUUGCAAGAGGCGAGUUAAACUCCAACGAGGCCUAAGUUUCACAGUUCAAUGUGAUCUGAUAGUCAAACACCCCCAUCCCUCUCUUCGUCCGUCACGGAUCCCGCUCGUCUGAAAAAUUGCCUCCUCUGAUGUUUGUCUUCUACCCGGAUAAAAAAUCUGAUUUAUCUCUCUCCUCUCGUCUUUUUUCUUCUCCCCAUCCAAAUCUCCCCCAUUUGCUCCUUUUCGAUAGCAGCCCCGUUAGAUUUCGAUAGCAGCCCCGUUAGAUUUGAACCGAUGUGUGUCGGGCAGAAACAACGACCAAAAAAAGUCCUUAUCAUGCAAUUUUAACCAGCCUAUUUAAGUCACCGGUUUGGCGGCAUUAGGAGACAAUUACUGCUAUCUUUCACGAUAAUCAAACAAGUGAUCUUCCCUUUUUCCCAGGCAAACUCCGAGCAGGGCACCAUGAUUGAUUUGGGCAAUUUGUUCGGCUGACUACGAGCCACAGCAUGAAACCUCAACAUCAGUGCCUCUCCUCUCCUUCUCUCUUCCUUUCUGCUUUAUUUCACUCUUCUCUUUCACGUUGUCUUUAGUCUCGCUGCAACUGUGUUGGCGGAACAAUAGUGAGAGGCCAUAGGGGGUUGAUGGAUUUUGAACAGGGAAUGGGGAUGUUUAAGGGCAAAGCGGGAGACUGUCUUUGCCAAAGCCAGGGACUUUGAACAGUUUCUUCAUUUUUGCUAUGUGUGUUGUCUUGUCUGUCCCUCUCUGCUUGUCUUUGUAAUAUGUGUGUCAGUGUGUCUUGUCUGUCUAACUGAUCUCUCUCUACUCAGUCCUUAAUGCCUCUGCCAACUUUUGGGACGAGUCUCGGUCUGGUAAACUCCAGUCCAUUCCUCACCCCUUCCGCUUCUCCUCCUCUUCCCUUCUUCUUUCACUCCUCCAUAUCCCACAAUCCACUCUUUCAACUUUCACUGUGGCCAGUCACAGGCUCCACCCAAACUCCCUACAGCCCCACCCAUCCAACCAACCAAUCAACAACGACCACACUAACCCUCCUUCCAACACAUGCACACACACUCCAUCACUAACCCCAGACUGGCACUACCCCAAACGGUCACUGUCUGAAGCUGAGGGCGGGUGGUUGAAGGCACCGCAUGCCUCAUAGGCACAGGAAGUAGUGUUUUUCUAACAUGUUUGUGACACCAUUUCCUCCCAGCCACCAUGAGGUUCAGCGGCUUCCUGCACCUAGACCAGGUGGAGGGCCAGGAGGUCUUCUACACCCCUGAGAUGGAGGAUCCCAAGUCUGAGCUGUUUGGGGAGACGGCCAGGAGCAUCGAGAGUGCUGUGAGUAGCCCCCGAACAUACAGAACUAGCAGCCAUAGAUAAGCUACAUUCAGUGGUUCAACGUCAGUCUGUUGAAGAAGUGUGGUUUGUCAAAGCUAGGGCUGUGCGUGGGUGCGUGUGCAUGUAUGCUACUCGCCUCCAACAGCCAUGCCAGCGGUUAAAAUGGUAUCACUGGCCCCUGCCGAGACCUAAUCUACCGCCUCACAACACUGUGUCUCUGUGUGUGUCUGUAUGUGUGUGCGUCGUACGCCUCGCAGGGGCCAGUUGUGGCAUUAGAUAGCGACACCAUGCCCCCUCUAGCCCCCUGUAUGUGUCUGUCUGCUAGAGACUGUUUGUGGAUAUCACCUAAGGUGAAAACUAGAGAGGGGGAGAAGUGGCCUUGUGUCUGGGUCAGUGUGCCGGUGGGGGGAUGUUGAGACGCCUGGCUUGUGUCUGGGCUCACACACACACACACACACACUGAAUGUAGACACAGAUUGGCUUUGCCACGCUGCCUGCAGUCCCAUCCUCCACACAGCAGGGGCCCCCGUGGAGUCUGUGCAAAAAUUCCAGUAUGCUAUAAUGGAUAAUGGAAUAUAGUUUGGAAAGAAGUGGUGGGAGUGGUGUCUCUCACUCCCCUAAGAAGAAUUUUGAGUGAACAGAGGAAGAAGAGAACAGCAGAACUAAGUGUACGCUUCAAGAUCACUUGAAGUGUGGGAUAGCAGCGAUUAGCACAGAUUCAAAUUAGGUCAGGCACUUGGUACAGUACCUUAUUUCUCCCUUAAGGUAUCAACUUGAGUCGGUUGAGUGAGAUACAUUAUGAAUGUUAUUCUCUGUUUAGUAGGGAACCAUGAAGCCAUGUGGAUUGUGUACAGUUGAGCUAUUUCCUUCCUGACAAUGAUUUAGACCUCAUUUGGGCACCGAAAGCACGCACACACACACACAGUGUGAAUCGGAAGCUAAACCAAUCAGCAGCCAGCGUGCAUCAUGCUCACCUGACAUUUACCACUGUUUCUGAAAAAACAUGUUCAUGUAAUUAUUCCCCAGCUCCAGUUAAAUGUCAAUUUGUGCACCCAGACUAGGCCCAAUGGGGUUCUACACAGUAGUAGGCCUAUCCACUGACAUAGGAUGCGUCCCAAAUGGCACCCUACUCUCUAUAUAGUGCAUUACUUUUGACCAGGGCCCACAGGGUUCUGGCCAAAAGUAGUGCUCUAUGUAGGGAAUAGGCUGCUAUUUGGGACGUAGACAUAGUCUUCCCCAUCCUUCUUGAGAAUGAGUUCACUGCACUCAAAUUGGACGAGCCUCUGCACAGAGCUUAUUACCUCGCUCAUUCAUCAUUGCUGGGUAUUCAUUAGGCACAAAAAGGAACAAAUGGACUGAAACAGGGAGGGACUACCUGAACUUGUCCAAUAAGAAAUGCUUGAUUUAGUUCUCCAUUGCAAAAUGUUUUGCUUCGGUGUGUACUAAUGAAUGUGUGUUUCUUCCUCCCUGGCUCAGCUGAAUGAGUUGUUCCGGAAAUCAGAGGUGCAGAAGGACUUCAUGAGUGUCCGCGUCCGCAGCCUGGCUCCCAGCAACUCCAUCUUGGCCUUCGUCGAGGCCCACUUUGACCCAGGUAAUACAGAACAGGACAUUUCUGGAAAAAUCAUGGCGAAGGUGCAUAAAGAUGGAGGAAUUCAGAUAUGACGUCAUCUUUUCAGCACUAUUCAUAGAGUUCUUAAACUACGGCGUGUGACAUGGUUCAAUGUGCCAAUAAAUCAGCACAAUCUACUUUUUCGUUUAUUAUUUUAUUACCGCCGUCUUGGAGCUAAAAUUGGGAUCAUGUAUACUGUGCUAAUGCCCAUACAAAAAAAAAGAAUAACGGAGAGCACUGUACAAUACGGCAAACUUAGCAAACAAGGCGUUUGUGGUAAGUACAUGGGGCUGCCAUCUUAAUACACCUUCGCCAUUCCAUUUCAAUUCAGUCAAGUCUGGAAACUUCAAAUCAAACAUUUUCUGUAAGAAAGUAUAGAGGAAAAUUCCUAUUGGAAUUUCAGUUUACUUCCUGAAUUGACUGAAUUCAAAUGGAAUUGACUUCAACCCUGAUAAAACACACUUGUUUACUGUAUGGUAAAUGUGUAAGGCAAAUGUACUGUAAUGGCUAAUGUUACACAUUACACAAAAAAAAAGACUAUGUUUCUAAAUGCCUAUGUCAAUAACCACAUAGUAUGCCAUCAUAUAUAAUGUUAGUGACACGUUUGUUACUGGUUAGGCUGUGGUCUUAAUGGAAAGUGUCAAAAUGAUAAUUUCCCCUCAAUAGUUACUUUUCCUUUGAUACCAAAUUAAUCUCUCCCUCACUAACAUAAUUGCUAUGCGAUACAACAACACUGAAAGUCAUUCCAUUUUACAAAGCACCUUGGCUUUGUAAUUUUAAACCUUGGCUUUGUUAUUUUCCUUUUUCUUUUAUUUGGAGGGGGGAUAUAUUUGUUAAUUGUCAGAGCCAAAAGGGACAAAACGAACAAGACAACAUCAACAACAACCAAAUCCUCAGAGUGAGCUUGGUGGCAUUAUAUAUUUGGAGCUGGCUUCAUUUCAGCCCCCCCCCCCCCCCCCCCAGAGUACUGUUAGUAAGUACUGUUUUUACCAGAUUUGAUCAGAUAAAAAUCUUCUUCUCUUUUUACGGGCUCCGCUCAGCGUCUUUUACAUUCGUACAAGAGACGCUGCCAUAAAGGCGCUCUGCAUCGGCCAGUUAAAACAGCCGUGGAAAACGUUAUGAGAACGAUUAAUCUGAACCUCAGUGGAACCUUGUUGGACGGUUGGAGGACGACUGAUCCCCUGGGUGUGUCGUUGUAUCAUAGCGACCUCGAUCGCUCUCUUAUAAAUUCACUGUUAUGAGCUAAGGAGAGGGGGGUUCAUUUUCUAUGUUUUAGGACAUUGCUCCUCUGCCUCCUUGUUCAGUGUUUCUCAAACCUUUCCUCUGGGACGAGACGUUUCACAGUUUUGUUUUAGCCUCACCUGAUUCAUUAAUCAAGGGCUUGAUGAUUAGUUGACAAAUUGAAUCAGGUGUGCUCGCUCUGCGAUAGAUCAAAUACAAGGAAGUACAUAGAACAGCUGUCCUGGUUGAGUCUUGUUGUGAACGGCUUUGUCAUCCAUGUUGUGCCACAGAGACCAGGUACACAGUGGAGGACAUCGAGGGAGCCCUGCUCAAGCAGCUGAAGGCAGCCAAGGAGACGGCCAUCAUGGUGAAGAAGCCAGAGGAGGAGAACAUUCGCUUCACCAACUACGGUAGGACAAGCACCUGCAGGCUUGGCUUGCAUUGUUUACUGUAAUUGCAAAUAUCAAGUGGUAUAAGGAGAUGAAAUUUAUACAAAUUAUGAAAUGAAAUGAAAUGAAGGCAUGAUUAGACGUUUUUUGGUUGUUGUAUAAAAAACGUCUAAGACUGACACUCUCCUUGACAUUUGCUGUCUCUCUGAAUGUCUCUCUCUCUCCCUCUCCACCAGGCCUCUCCUCCCUCCCCUACUUCACCACAACCACCACUACCACGGCCACAGCCACCACCCCCACCGCCAGCACCGCCACCAGCACCAACCCGCCGCCCCGCACCUCCCCCUUCAUCACAAGCCGUCCCCCGGGCACCACCCGCCGCCCCUACACCAGCCGACGGACCACCACUGCCCCCUCGCCAGUGACCACUCUGGGACCCACUACUACCAUCACUCCCCUCCAUAGGACCAGGCCUGUGCCCCACCACACCAAGGCCCAGCGGCCCUGCGACUCCCACCCCUGCCGCCACGGGGGCACCUGCGAGGACGACGGUGCCGACUUCACCUGCAUCUGCCCCGCCGGGAGAGGGGGCGCAGUCUGCGAGAAACGUGAGUGUGGAGCCCCCCUCCUUCCUUCCUUUGACCGACACACACAGACACACACACACACCCCCUAGGUAGUUUCCCUUCAGAGUUUGGGUCAGUGCCAUUUAUGAUCUUCGAAAAGGAGUUGGAAUGAAAUUCAUGAAGUUCAACACAAUCCCAUAAGAGAACAGUAGGUUCCUAUUGAUGUCUUGAACUGACAGUGCUGAGCUGGAACUGACCCCCUAACUUGCAUUAAAGACAAUACCAAAAUCCAUACACCUUAUAUUAGAUUCCAAUUAAUUUGACUCAAUAGACAUCCAGCAUCUACCAAAGUCACUACACCCACUAUCUAAAUAACCAAUGAGGUUAGCUACCACUGACCACUUUACCAAUCAACGCUAAAGUAAACUCAUAUCAAAUCAGCGUCUGCUGCGCCGAGCCACAAAAUCAAGCUUGGAGUGCCGUCGGAGUACUCUGAGCUUUUUUCCACUUCGUUUCUCCCCCUCGGUGGUCUCUGAUAAGAAACCACCUCACACAGCUGCAUCUUAACAUAAUUGACCCUAAUUUCUUUGAUGGGGAUUAGUUGGUGGAAAUCAGUGUGUGUGUUUGAGUCGGAGUGUGUGUGAGUGGCUAAGUGACGGCUGCGGCACAACACCGUAGCCUCCCUUGGUUCAAUCAAAUCAUUCGAUGAGAGGAUUUCAUCAGCCUACAUUCUCCUGAGACGGAGAGAGGCGGUUUAGGAGUUUGUUGAGUUUGGGGAAAAGGAUGCUAAUGAUGAUAUAAUAGUAAGAAACGUGUGUGUGUGUGUGUUUCAAAACCCUGAUUAUAAAGUCGAAAACACGUCAUCAUGCUGUCCUUUCCUACCUGCCGAUACACACCAGCACACAUUCUGUUAGUCACGGGUUCUAUCCUUCCAUCUGUUUGUUGGGCCAGAUUAGCUGAACUAGGCUUGUCUCCAACUGUUUAACAUGUACCAACCAUAGAGAUGGAAAGAGGGCCCACCCCUUAUCUUUGCCAUUGUCGCUUCUGUCACAGGCUUUGUGGUUAGCGUGGUUACCUCUAUCCAACUCUAUGGUACGAACAUUACACCUUAUACAGUAUGUGACACCCUCCCAUCACCCCUCUUUUCUCAGUGAUCAAGUACUUCAUUCCGUCGUUCGGGGGUAAGUCCUACCUGGCCUUUGACACCAUGAAGGCCUACCACACGGUCCGCAUCGCCAUGGACUUCAGGGCCGCCGAGAUGACGGGCAUCCUGCUCUACAAUGGCCAGGACGGCAAGAAGGACUUCCUAUCUCUCACCCUGGUCAACGGCAAGGUGGAGCUCAAGUGAGUGGACGGGAGGAGGGGAUAAAACAGAAAGAAAGAAACCAGGAAGAGGUUCAGUUAACAGGGAAGUGAAAACAGUGAGCUGUAGAUGGACCCAGAAUGAUGUAAGCUUAGUUUUGUUUGGGAUGAAUGAGACAUUGUUUAACUCUCUCUCUAUUCACACAUGCGUAUUAAUACUCUCUCUCUCUCUCUCUCUCUCUGGACAUAUGUCUCUUGGCAACUGUAAUGAAUCAAAUACUACUUGAAAUAAAAGAGAACAGAACAUUAUGUUAAUGUCAAUGUGUAUCGAGCGCUAAGGAUCACAGUGUAAAAAAUAUAAUACCAUACAUUCUCAACCAAGUUAGCUUUAGGUACAUGUAUGACAGUUAAUCAGGUGUGCCUGUGCAUCCAUGAACCUCUAAACUGUUGCCUUUCUCCAGAUCUACCUUUGUAUGCAGGAAGGGUUUCCCAUAUCCAGUUUCCAAUAUCAAGAUUAAGCCUAUUCUUGGACUAAAAAGCAAUUUUUUCAAUGCAGAUUAUCCAUUGAGCAUGUACACUGAGUGUACAAAACAUUAUGAACACCUGUGCUUUCCAUGACAUAGACUGACCAGGUGAAUCCAGGCUAAAGCUAUGAUCCCUUAUUGGUGUCACUUGUUAAAUCCACUUCAAUCAAUGUAGAUGAAGUGGAGGAGACAAGUUAAAGGAAGAUUUUUAAGCAUUGAGACAAUUGAGACAUGGAUUAUUACUAAAUAUUAGGAAGUUGUUCUUAAUGUUUUGUACACUCUGUGUAUAAAGCAAUGGUUUGCUUCCCACCCCCAGGUUCAACACAGGUUCAGGCACGGGCACCCUGGUCAGCAAUGUCCAAGUUAAGCAGGGUCGCUGGCACCAGCUGGUGGUGACGAGGAACCGGCGCAACGCCAUGCUGAGCGUGGACAAUGAGCUCCAUAUCAACGGCGCCAGCCCCCCCGGCACCGACGGCCUCAACCUGGACACACACCUGUUCAUCGGAGGGGUGCCCGAGGACAUGAUGACAGAGUAAGGCCUCACUUGAAGGGCAUUCUAGAGCGUGCAUUAUUUCCCUAUAAAGCACAGUAUAUCGACACGGUAGAAUUCAAUGGCUAUAAUUAAUUCUUACAUGUUUUGUUUGAGCUGCUUUUUAAAGCAAAAGUCGAAUUGAAAACAUUAUUGGUAUUGUUGAAUUCAAUUUUCAUAAUAUCAUGCUAGAACUGUUUGGUUAGCUAAGCUAGCAAGUCUGUUUGUUUUGAUUACCAUGGCAACUACUGUAGCUAUCUAGUAAACUUGCUAGCUAAUUCAGUGGAUGUUGAACACAUUUCUACUGGCAAAUGUAACACAUUUCUACUGGCAAAUGUGUUAAAUCAUAGCCAUGGUAUAAAAGGGAUAAUCAACUCUGGGCUCUAUGCGUUCUCUGGAAAAUAAUGCAACUCUGUGGAAGGUUAGUUCCACUCCGCUAUCGCGACGUGGAAUACAUCUUCCAUGUCGUUAAUUAUUUUCCAUAGAACGCAUAGCUCCUCACUGAUUAUCCCUUACGUAGAUAUGGAGAAAAUAUGAUUAAUUUAGAAAUAAGAUUUUAGUUGUUGAGUUACAUGAAAACCGUUAUGUCAGGAACUCUCCUAUACUCCCAUAGUGGUUUAUUGAGAAGCACACACAGUGAGCAGUAUAUGAAAGGAUAUUACUUUUUUCAUAUUAUUUGUUUGUUUUUUCUGUCCAGCACCUGUGUGUAUUUUGCCUGUUUUUCACUGAGUUAAAUAACUGUUGGAUGGUUGAUGGUAUAAUGCCAUUCACGCACUCUCUCUCCCUCUCCCUGUCCCUCUCCCUCCCUCCAUCCACAGUGUGAAGGAGAGAACCUCCAUCGGUACGGGUCUGGUGGGUUGUGUGCGCAUGCUGGACGUCAACAACCUGGUGUACAACCUGCAGGAAAAGAGUGACAACGUGCUGUACGGCACCGGUGUGGGCGAGUGCGGCAACAAUCCGUGCCAGCCCAACCCUUGCAAGAAUGGCGCUCCAUGCCAGGUCAAGGAGGCCGAGAUGUUCCACUGCAAGUGCAUCAACGGCUACUCCGGUGAGCCACAUUUUUUUUGUUUCUAAUAACGGACCUCCACUAGAUCUGGGAUCAAAUAUGAUUUGUUUUCUUUUAAAUACUUUAGCUGCGCUUGAUUGAGCUUGCCGGCUGGUGAAAUGGAACCAAUAACAAUGGAAUAGCCCCCAAAGUGCAAUCCUCGCCCAUCUUGCAUGCACACCGGUCAGGCUCAAUCAAACGCUCAAAAGUAUAUGAAAGCAAGCCAAUACUAUUUCAACCCAUGUCUAGGGAAUUCCCCGCAGUCAGGUUUUAGCCAUUACGUCUUGUUUAAGACUUUUAGGUGUGAUGCAGUACAGAAAUAUUAAAGACUAUAACCUAAUCCCAUCGCCUGGUCUUUGCCCCCUCUCUCCUCUUUUAGAGUGGUCACAGUCCACUAGGUCUAAGCUAAUGAGGGAGUGUUGUUAAAUGGUACUAGCGACCAUCCGGCCCUAGUGAAGCAUGGCCCCUAAAGCUUUUAAAUGAUGCUGCUGCUCUCUUGCUCCAGCAGCACACUCCACACACACAGACUAGGAACCAGUUUGAGAGGAGAAAUAUGGGAGCUUUGUGGCUUAAUGAUUAGCCUAUUAUGAACUUGGUAAUGCUAAGACUGGGUAUGUAUGCAAAGAGGGAGAGACGAGAGAGGUAGAAAGAGAAAAAGGCAGAGAGAGAGUGUGAGAGGGAGAGAUGGUAGAGAUAGAAAUGAAAGAGUGAGAGUGUAAUAGAUGGCUAUGGGAGAGAGCCUUCCUUCAGAACUCAGUGGGAGACGUUCAUUACAGCAUUCUCCUCGCCUCAGGUGGCUCUGGCUACUAAAAUAAUGAUGGCUGAAUUGGGAUGCGGCCUGGCUAGUGUAGGGCAAAGCCAUUUCAGCUAUCCGGGAGCCAUUCAAGCUACCUCUCCCACAGCCAGGAACUAAGGUUCCAUAAGGAUAGCAGAAAGGCAGCAAAGGGUGCUUGGGUCUUUUCUUAAUCUGCACAUGUAAUAUUUCUAAAUCCUAUUAGAAAAUGACCUCUUUUACUGAGGAAAUCCAUCCUCAUCCUCUUCUCACACGGAAUGGAGGCAAAAUGGUCUGAAAAUAUUGGGUUGUAUUUAUUAGGGCAUACGAUAGUAACGCGUUUUGCAAUGGGAAAUGAAAAAGCAUUUCUUAUUGGAUAAGUUCAGGUAAUCCCUUCCUGUUUCAGUCCAUUUUGUACCCUUUGUUGCCUAAUGAAUUCAACCCUGGUUUUUAUAAGAGAAGGUGGUUUGAAGAUUCUCUGGUUUGAGUUCUAACUUGAGUUUUUUUUUUUUUUCUGGUGAUGGUGAACUCCAGGUCCAACGUGCGCCGACACCCACAACCCGUGCGAGCCCAACAGGUGCCACCCCUCGUCCCAGUGCCAGGUGCAGCCAGAGGGAGGGUACAAGUGCGAGUGUCCCAUGGGUCGCGAGGGACGCCACUGCGAGAAAGGUACUGCCACCAUCUUUAAAAUAAGUUUAACCUAGUGUGCGUGUGCGCGCAAGUAUGAGUGUAUUGGACAUAUAUACAGAAUGUCAGCAUAGUAUGUACUUUUUAAUGUCAUAUCAGACCUACUUGAACUACAAACAUUUUAUUUAAAAAAGGAAACACCAGAAGUGGAAAACAACAACAGUUGCUUACGAUAACACAACGUGUGGUACAGCACAUCAAUUCCAUUAUCUGUUCUCAAUUCAUCAGUUCUCCACCGCUGCAUGCUACCAUGGCCCCCCUCGCAUAUCAUCCUGCCUCAGUGUUCCGGUCAGGAUUCUGGGUGGAAGAUCUACCCAAAUCUCCCUCUUUCCCCACUUCUCUUUUUCCCUCCGUGUUGUGACGCUCCGUCUCUCCAUCCUGAGGGAGUUGAAAUGCAGAGAGACGGGCCGCCGCCUCCAGGGUCUCCGGCGCACAGCGGAGCGCCGCGAUUGGCCCGUCGGGCUGUUAGCGCAUUCGUCUCGGCUGUGGUUGUUAGCGAGCCUUCCUGUAGCCGUUCUCCGUCUCGCUCCCUCUUCCGCCCACAGGUGUUGUGUUCAAAUGCGUUCGCCGCUACUUAGCUCCACGGGGAAGCGGGUUGAAGCGCUGGGCCGCAUCUGGGGAGGAGAUCCUAAUGCACCGGAGCUGCGUUUGAAGUUCAGCAUUAGCACUUUCGGCGAUUAUGUUUGCAACUGUUUUUUUGCUCUCUUUUCCCCCCCAUCACAUCCACCAAAUUCUCAUGGAUGUUUUCAGAAUAUAAAAGCUUGAAAAGUGAAUGAAGAAUGAAGGUUGGUGUUCAAAAGUUAAGUCUAUUUAUUCGUACUUAGACACACAGGCAUAGAUAAAUAUGCACAGUCUCUCUCCUACACACGCGCACAAAGACACACACUCCUAGCCCCACUGGGUCACAAGUCCCAGUUAGCGGUGAUUAAAAUAAAUUGGGGUGAACUGAAAAUCAUUGUGAGGGAAAGAGCGUCUCACGCGCUGAGGGCUUCGAUUAAAUCAAUGAGAUGACUAAUGGCAUCAAAUCCUCUGCCUGUGGUGAUUAAUGAAGAAGUCACUCAGCCUGAGUGUCUGGCCGACACAGGUUUUGGAUCAGAUAAGUAGCCAUCUUUCAGCGGCCUACGUUAACGGCUGUACUGGGAACAGUUAAAGGGAUACUUCGGGAUUUUGGCAAUGAGGCCCUUUAUCUACUUCCCCAGAGUCAGAUGAACUCGUGGAUUCCAUUUUUAUGUCUCUGUGUCCAGUAUGAAGGAAGUUAGAGGUAGCAUGCUAGUAGAUACCCAUAGACUUCCAGUCAUUGCGCUAAUGCUAGUUAGCAUUGGCUUGCGAAACUACCUCUAACUUCCUUCGUACUGGACACAGACAUAAAAAAUGGAUCCUUUGAAGACAGGAUCCUUCAGAUCAGAUAUUUAAAAAAUAAUUCAGCUUUAAAGGCUGUACUGGGAACAGUUAAAAAUAGGAGGUGUGGCCGACUGCCUAUUGGAGGGAAGCCCUAGGUAGACAUAGUUGUAUUGAUAAGUAUAAGAGUGCCGCUCCCUAGUAUUUGGCUGCGGACCACCAUUCAACCACACAGAACUCCUUUACUGGAACUCCAUUUGAGAUUUUCCUAGUGGCCUACUUUCCUUACCUCCCUUUACCUCCCUAAUAUUCCUUUUGUUUUUUACUAAAGAAUGUGUUUGUUUCAUAUGAUUGGGUCUUGCUUUUCGUGUAUUGUGUAGUUGAUGUGUAUAUAGAUACUGUAUAGUGGUUGUUGUUUGUUGAUGUGUUAAUGCAGGGCUCAUCUGCGAAAGAGACUGUGGUCUCAGCAUGACUCCCUGCUUAAAUGAAGGUGAAAUAAAAUACAACAAUGAUCUGAUGUCACACAUCAGAGUACCUGGACAUUUUCUUGUGACGAAGCCUAAGUAGUGUGUGUGUGCAUGCCUUUCGUACCUGUGUGUGUCUGUGUGUCUGUGUGUCUGUGUGUGUGUGUGUGUGUGUGUGUGUGUGUGUGGCUCGAGGAACUGAAAUCCUCUCCCACUCCACUCUGUAAACUGGCUGAGUUCCGAGGUAGCUCUUUCCUUUUCUUAUUAUGACAGCCGGUUUGACAGUUUGACUUCCUUGUCGUGUCUGCAGCGGUGCUCCUGUUCUUCUCUCCUCCGUGAGCGUUGUUAGUCGUCUCCUGCGCAAUGGCUAAUUAGCUUUCUCAUCUCCGUCUGCCUCCCUUCCCCACCCUGACUCAGCCAGCUAAUCCUACCUAAUUACCAAUGAAAAGAGCCUUGCAGGCCCCAACUGUGUGCGUGUGUCGCAAACAGUCUGGGUGGGUGAAGACUAGGCAAUCAUUGUUAACCAAAACGGACCCCCUGGGUGGGUAACACUGAAUUCACCCAAUGUCCCCCUGACUUGCUGCAUAAGCCAUAUUAUUGCCGUACACAUGCAUAGUGCUGCCGUAAGGAUGACAUAAUGCCUGUCGUAAUGCAUUCCGUUUUAUAACCAUUUUUUCAGUGUCGGAGAAGAAAGGGGCCUACAUGCCGUUCUUUAGUGGUGACUCUUACCUGGAGCUGAAGGGAUUGCACACCUACGGUCACGAUCUCCAGUAAGUAAAACGCUCUUUUCACUACACAGACACUCUACGAAUUACAUACACAACAGCAUGUUUCCACAUGAUAUACAGGAGUUGGUACUGAGGAGCUGUGAAUUGAUGUAAUGGCAGAUAGAUACUUAAAGCUGUGCCUCGGGCAGAACAGUCCUAUGGUGGAUAGGAUAGAAUAUAAUUAAAUGGAACAGAACAGAUAAUCGUCCUCCAUAGAAACAGAAUUCCAUAGAAAUAUAAAGUACUUAAUUACAUUUCUAUGUUGUCCUCUAUGGUGGGAAUCCUUUUCAGUCUUAUGUAGGUUACACAAAAUAACACACAAGCACAGUUACAGUCACAUAGAGAAUAUACAGUGCCUUGAGAAGGUAUUCACACCCCUUGACUUUUUACAUUUUAAUUUUGUUGUUACAGCCUGAACUUAAAAUUGAUACAAUUUAUAUGUUUUUGUCACUGGCCUACACACAAUACCCUAAAAUGUGUGUUAAGUUUUUCGAAAUUUCUUGAGUCAAUAAGUAUUCAAACCCUUUGUUAUGGCAAACCUAAAUAAGUUCAGGAGUAAAAAUUUGCUUAACAAGUCACACAAUAAGUUGCAUGGACUCACUCUGUGUGCAAUAAUAGUGUUUAACAUGAUUUUUGAAGGAUUACCUCAUCUCUGUACCACACACAUACAAUUAUCUGUGAGGUCCCUCAGUCGAGCAGUGAAUUUCAAACACAGAUUCAACCACAAAGACCAGGGUGGUUUACCAAUGCCUCGUAAAGAAUGGCACCUGGUAGAUGGGUAAAAAAAAAAUCCCUUUGAGCAUGGUGAAGUUAUUAAUUACACUUUGGAUGAUGUAUCAAUACACCCAGUCACUACAAAGUCACCUAACUCAGUUGCCGGAGAGGAAGGAAAUGGUGACUUUAAAACAGUUACAGAGUUUAAUGGCUGUGAUAGGAGAAAACUGAGGAUGGCUCAACAACAUUGUAGUUACUAAUACUAACCUAAUUGACAGAGGGAAAAGAAGGAAGCCUGUACAGAAUACAAAUAUUCCAAAACAUGCAUCCUGUUUGCAACAAGGCGCUAAAGUAAUACUGCAAAAACAAUGUGGCAAAUCAAUUAACGUUUUUGUCCUGAAUACAAAGUGUUAUGUUUUGGGCAAAUCUAAUACAACACAUUACUGAGUACCACUCUCCAUAUUUUCAAUAAUAGUGGUGGCUGCAUCAUGUUAUGGGUAUGCUUGUAAUCGUUAAGGACUGGGGAGUUUUUCAGGAUAUAAAAGAAACGGAAUGGAGCUAAGCACAGGCAAAAUCCUAGAGGAAAAACUGGUUCAGUCUGCUUUCCACCAGACACUGAGAGAUGAAUUCACGUUUCAGCAGGACAAUAACCUAAAACACAAGGCCAAAUCUACACUGGAGUUGCUUACUAAGAAGACAGUGAAUGUUCCUGAGUGGCCGAGUUACAGUUUUGACUGAAAUCUGCUUGAAAAUCUGUCAAGACUUAAAAAUGGUUGUCUAGCAAUGAUGACCAACCAAUUUGACAGAGCUUGAAGAAUUUUUGAAAAUUAUAAUAGGCAAAUAUUGUACAAUCCAUGUGUGCAAAGCUCUUAGAGACUUGCCCAGAAAAAUUAGCUGCAAAGGUGAUACUAACAUGUAGUGAGAUUUUUCUGUAUUUCAUUUUCAAUUUUCAGCCUAGCAUUUGCUGAAAUUUCUAAAAACAUGUUUUCACUUUGUCAUUAUGGGGUAUUGUGUGUAGAUGGGUAAGAUUAUUAUUAUUUUUAAAAUCCAUUUUUAAUUCAGGCUGUAACACAACAAAAUGUGGAAUAAGAAGGGGUAUGAAUACUUUCUGAAGGCACUGUAGUGUCACAUUAUGAAAAGGCCAGAUAGACCGAACAAUUGAAAGACACAAGCACAGUAGACAAGAGGUAAAUACCAAGUCUGGUCAUGUUGUUUGUGUUUUGUCUUUGCCUGGUUGUUUACCAUUGUUGUUUGUGUUUUGUCUGCAGCCAAAAGGUCAGCAUGACGGUGGUGCUCAUGGCCAAUGACUCCAACGGCAUGAUCUUCUACAGCGGCCAGAAGACGGACGGCAAAGGUGACUUCAUCUCCCUCUCCCUCAACGACGGCAUCCUGGAGUUCCGCUACGACCUGGGCAAGGGCCCCGCUGUCAUCAGGUGGGCACCACACUAGAACCCCAUAGUGACUCUAGUCUAUUACCCCAUAGUGACUCUAGUCUAGAACCCCAUAGUGAUUCUAGUCUAGAACCCCAUCGUGACUCAAGUCUAGAAUCCCAUAAUACUCAAGUUAAAAAUCGCAUAGCGACUAAUCUAGAGCCCCAUAGUGACUGGUGUGUAGAACCAAAUAGUGACACAUGUCUAUAGCCCCAUGGUUACUCGAGUCUAGAACCCCAUAUUGACUCGAGACUAGAACCCCAUGGUGACUCAUGUCUAAAACCCCAUGUUUACUCUAGUUUAGAACCCCAUAGUGACUAGUAUAGAACCCCGUAGCAACUCUAGUAUAGAACCCUGUAGCAACUCUAGUCUAGAACCCUAUAAUGACUCUUGAACCCCAUAGUGACUGUAGAACAUAGUCUGGACUCCUUGUUAGCUGGGUUAUUGUGGUCUCUUUUGAUUUUGGAUUGUACUUGUGUGUGUGUGUGUGUGUGUGUGUGUUGUUGUUUUGAGACAUCCCUAACCUCUUGGCUCGUUUGUGUGUGUUCCUCUCAUGCAGGAGUAAAGAUAAGAUCAAGAUGGGCGUGUGGAACACAGUGAAUCUGGAGCGGGCCAAUCGAAAGGGAGAGAUUAACAUCAACGGAAAGGACCCAGUCAGAGGAGAGUCGCCGGUGAGACAGACAGAGAGAGCUAGCAUGCUAGGAUAAUCAGACGUCUUUAUGAUUAGCCUAGCUAUUAGCAUGCAAGGCAAACCGGCUAUGAGUAUGCUAUCAUACAAGGCAAUAUACAGCCUUGCUUAUGCUUAGCCUGUGCUACUGUGUGUGUUUUCUGAUGUGCGUGUCACUGUAGCACCACACACUUGGCCAUGCAUAUGCCCCACAGGAGGUUGGUGGCACCUUAAUUGGGGAGGACGGGCUCAUGGUAAUGGCUGGAGCGGAAUGAGUGGAAUGGUAUCAACAACAUCAAACACAUGGUUUCCAUGUGUUUAAUCUCAUUCCAUUUCAGACAUUAUUAUGAGGUGUCCUCCCCUCAGCAGCCUCCUGUGAUAUGCCCGUACCAAAGGAUGUGUUCAACUUAAUGCACUGUAUACUCCCAGAGUUCACUGUUGAUGACACACCAGAGCAAAAUAAUGUCCCUAGUUGAGGUCGUUGAUAAGGGCAUACACACUACCAGGGUUGUGUUUGAAAACACAUUCUACUGUCUUCUCACGGCUCGUCAAGGUGAGAAAUAGUAUGCUCGAGACGUAGAGGGCACGUUUGACAGGUCGUCUCUUAUCUGGAAAUGACCCCUCCCUUUUUAAAUCCUUUUUAUCUGCCAUCUUUGACUCUGACAAAAUGCCUAAACAGUAGUACGAUCUUGUUCCUAUUUGUUGCAGUCACGAAACAUAACCAAUAUGGCCCGAGUGGUAUACACCCAUUAGUAUGACUUGACUUAUACCUUUGAGCUCUGAGUGAAGCAAAUACCUUCAAUAGUGCUCUUCGGAGAUACUGUAGAUACUGUAUAUAGAUGGAAAGAUGGAGAAAAUAAAUAAUGAUUCUCAAGCAAUAAACCAGAUACAUGGGCCUAAGUGAGAGAAAUUGAAUAGCUGGAUAUGUCCGCAAGUCAUCCAAUUAUAUUUAACAGUGUAAUUUGUUAUUCUUCGUGUGGUAAUUGUGUUUCACUCCAGCAACAUGGGCAGAAAGUCAUAUUAAAAGACUAGUGAUGGAGGAGCUCAACGUAAAGAGGCUCCAUGCAGGAUAUAGCUGGCAGCUAAUUCUCUCCUACUCCUGCAUUUACAAUGAAGAAGGGAGCCAGGGAGUCCCGCUGCACUCAGAGAGCCUAGCGUCUUUGAUAUAGAUACCUUUAUAUAAAGUAAUUAUACCUGGGAUGGUAGUUUCAGUAUUGCAGGAUAUCUUUAAACAGAACAUUUUGCCACAAAUCCAUGCAUGCUUUCUCAUACAAACAGAAAAAACACUGUCUGCAGUGGCUACAAGUUGAAGUGGGAAUUUAACAUACACUUUAGCCAAAUACAUUUCAACUCAGUUUUUCACAAUUCCUGACAUUUAAUCCAAGUACAAAUUAUUCCCUGUUUUAGGUCAGUUAUGAUCACCACUUUAUUUUAAGAAUGUGAAAUGUCAGAAUAAUAGUAGAGACAAUUAUUUCUUUCAGCUUUUAUUUCUUUCAUCACAUUCCCAGUGGGUCAGAAGUUUACAUACACUCAAUUAGUAUUUGGUAGCAUUGCCUUUAAAUUGUUUAACUUGGGUCAAACGUUUCGGGUAGCCUUCCACAAGCUUCCCACAAUAAGUUGGGUGAAUUUUGGCCCAUUCCUCCUGACAGAGCUGGUGUAACUGAGUCAGGUUUGUAGGCCUCCUUGCUCGCACACGCUUUUUCAGUUCUGCCCACACAUUUUCUAUAGGAUUGAGGUCAGGGCUUUGUGAUGGCCACUCCAGUACCUUGACCUUGUUGUCCUUAAGCCAUUUUGCCACAACUUUGGAAGUAUGCUUGGGGUCAUUGUCCAUUUGAAAGACCCAUUUGUGACCAAGCUUUAACUUCCUGACUGAUGUCUUGAGAUGUUGCUUCAAUAUAUCCACAUAAUUUUCCUUCCUCAUGAUGCCAUCUAUUUUGUGAAGUGCACCAGUCCCUCCCGCAGCAAAGCACCCCCACAGCAUGAUGCUGCCACCCCCGUACUUCACGGUUGGGAUGGUGUUCUUCGGCUUGCAAGCAUCCCCCUUUUUCCUCCAAACAUAACGAUGGUCAUUAUGGCCAAACAGUUCUAUUUUUGUUUCAUCAGACCAGAGGACAUUUCUCCAAAAAGUACGAUCUUUGUCCCCAUGUGCAGUUGCAAACCGUAGUCUGGCUUUUUUAUGGCGGUUUUGGAGCAGUGGCUUCUUCCUUGCUGAGCAGCCUUUCAGGUUAUGUCGAUAUAGGACUUGUUUUACUGUGGAUAUAGAUACUUUUGUACCUGUUUCCUCCAGCAUCUUCACAUGGUCCUUUGCUGUUGUUCUGGGAUUGAUUUGCACUUUUCUCACCAAAGUACAUUCAUUUCUAGGAGACAGAACGCGUCUCCUUCCUGAGCGGUAUGACGGCUGCGUGGUCCCAUGGUGUUUAUACUUGCGUACUAUUGUUUGUACAGAUGAAUGUGGUACCUUCAGGCGUUUGGAAAUUGCUCCCAAGGAUGAACCAGACUUGUGGAGGUCUACAAUUGUUUUUCUGAGGUCUUGGCUGAUUUAUUUUGAUUUUCCCAUGAUGUCAAGCAAAGAGGCACUGAGUUUGAAGGUUGGCCUUGAAAUACAUCCACAGGUACACCUCCAAUUGACUCAAAUGAUGUCAAUUAGCCUAUCAGAAUCUUCUAAAGGCAUGACAUCAUUUUCUGGAAUUUUCCAAGCUGUUUAAAGGCACAGUCAACUUAGUGUAUGUAAACUUCUGACCUACUGGAAUUGUGAUACAGUGAAUUAUAAGUGAAAUAAUCUGUCUGUAAACAAUUGUUGGAAAAAUUACUUGUGUCAUGCACAAAGUAGAUGACCUAACCGACUUGCCAAAACUAUAGUUUGUUAACAAGAAAUUUGUGGAGUGGUUGAAAAACUAGUUUUAAUGACUCCAACCUAAGUGUAUGUAAACUUCCGACAUGAACUGUAUAUGGUGGAUCAGAAUUCUGUCUGAGCCACAGUAGUUUUAGACCCAGCUGCAACUUCUUUAAGGUCAAUUUCUCUUUUUCAUUUAUUUUGAGUGGCAGCCUUCUGACCUUCGGGCUUCAUAGUUUGUGUUGUGCGGUUUUAUGUUGGUCCGACAUCCGCUGUUCGCUCUCUCUUCUGAUAACCUUUUUUCCCUCCUUUUCUCUUACUGUGCUGUCUGGAAACUAAGAAAUCACGCAAGGUAAUAAGUCCCAUCCACCUUAGACAUAUUUCAUAUCUCCACUUUCAGCUUCAAUUUCAUUCGCCACUUCUCAUCCCCAUGCUGCACCAUACCAAAGUUAUUAGACUAUAGAACUGACUGGGGAAAAGAGUCUGUAUUUAGUGCUACCAUUUCAUACACAGUACAGGAGUAGAGACAUUUGUUAAAGAACUCGGUUUGGCUUUCACCUCAGUCCAUCUGCUGUGUAGGCGGAGGGAGGGAGGGGUGUCAGUUAUCUUUCUGACCUCCAUUGUUCCUCGCAACAAUGAAACGUCUUCAUUAGUCUCUCGUGGGCGGGGAUUUCUCUCCUGUGCCGUGUGGCAGUCGAGAGUGAGAAGAAAGUAAAGAGAGAGAGUGGGGUGCAAAGCCAAGCCGGGCUGUUCUUUUGUCAUGUACUUUCUUUUGCGAAAGAGAAACAAAGCUCACCAUAUAAUAGUCACUCGAUCACUCACUCACUCGAUCACUCACUCACUCGAUCACUCACUCACUCACACACUCACCCACUCACCCACUCACUCACUCACUCACUCACUCACUCACUCACUCACCCAUUCACUCACUCACUCACUCACUCACUCGUUCACUCAUAACUGCACACAACAGCACUGACAACAUCCAUUCUAUUAGACUGGCCUGUUAGCAGCGUCCAAUUCACUCCUAUUCAGAAUCCAAUAUGACCAUUCAAAUUGAUAGAAACCAUGUUUAUUAUAUAUUAUGGCCAUAGUUAAACUCAAUAUUAAUGGAUUGGAUUUAUAUAUCCAUUUUUUUAAUGCUCAAAGCGGUUUACAUUAUAAGGGGGAGAAUCGCAUGUCAAUUUUAAUCCUGAAUCAAAAUAGAGUUGAUCCCAACUGUUACUCUUCACUUGAGCAUCCCCUUUAGCUAAAGUGUUAGUAGGGGUUAUAGGAAACCGGGCCCAUUUCGGCACUUUGUUAUCCCCAGGCAGCCACAGGUGACCCACUCGACUGGGCUGGAGGUCUUGGCCCUGGUUUCCCUUUCUGUCAGAGCUCACUCCAGGCGCACUACAUAGCCACGGGGUUAGCGAAGCCCCACUGGCCUAUACCCUCCCUCCUCCAGCUCCCAUCUCAAAUAGAAGCAGGACCCAAUGCCAGCUCUCUUCACACAUAACCCAGGUUUACUUGGCCCCUUCCAUAAUUUUUCCACCAAUUACCUCUGAUUUUCCCUCUGGCAAUUACUGCCCUACAUAAAAAUAAAGAUCCGUAAUUCCUCCCUAAGAGUGGGCCUGUACAUCCUGCGCAGAAGGAAUGCUGUCGUAAUUGGAGGCAGCUCUCCUGUACGUUUCUGGAUGGAGCAAGGGCCUGAUUUCAUGAUCGUCUGCCGCGCAAAUGAACGGCCAAUUAAAGGCCGUGGCUCGCACGGUGUCGGAAAGGUCGCCGGUAUAAUCAGCCAUUCAUUAGAGACUUUCAUUAAAAAAACACCAUCCAUAUCGUCUCUUCAGCCGCACCAGGCGACUCUCUUUGUAGCCCUUUUCUUGUGUUUUGUACUAGAUAACGAAUAAUUGACUGCUCGGAGUGUGGUACAGAAAUCAAUUAUGUUUUAUAAUAUAUCAAGUGUAUUGAUGUGGAGAAGGAAGUAGCCUAGUGAUAGCGAAUUGUCCUGCACUAUAUCAAGGCUGUGUAAUUCCAGUCUUGGAGGGCCGAAGCACUUCUGGUUUUAGUUUCUACCUGGUAGUUAAUUGCACACACCUGGUGUCUCAGGUCUGAAUCAGUCCCUGAUUAGGAGAGGAUGAAAACAAGAAGUACACUUUAUAGCCCUGCACUAUGUAGAUAUCUUUCAAAGGAUAAAUCUUUUUCACUGUUAUUAGUCUCAUCGUGCUACAGUCUGUAUGGCUCAAUAAAAAAUAUGGAAAAAAACAGGUAUCAUUUGUAUUGGUCAGGUGUGGUUCUAGUCACUAUGGUAGGGUUCCAGACCAUGUGGUAGGGUUAUUGUCCCUGUUCACAGGAGGUUGGUGGCACCUUAAUUGGGGAGGAGGGGCACAUGGUAAUGGCUGGAGCAGAAUAGGUGGAAAGGUAUCCAUGGUUUCCAUGUGUUUGAUGCCAUUCCAUUCGCUCUGUUCCAGCCAUUAUUAUGAGCCGUCCUCCCCUCAGCAGCCUCCACUGUCCCUGUUAUUGGGUUCUAGUCCCUAUUAUUAGAGUUUUAGUCUCUGGUAGGGUUCUAGUCCUUUUAGUAGGUUUCUAGUACAUGUGGUAGGGUUCUAGACCCUGUGAUAGGGUUAUAGACUAUGUUAUAUAUGGUUCUAACCCAUUGUCUCUCUCCAGAACCAACACACUGCUCUCAACCUGAAGGAGUCUCUGUUUGUGGGUGGUGCUCCUGAUUUCAGCCGGCUAGCAAGGGCCGCCUCGCUCAAAGAUGGCUUCAAGGGCGCCAUUCAGAAGGUGAGUGUCCUGUCCCCACACACAAUCCUCAGCAGAUAUGUUUAGCCACACACCCUGUUCAGAAGGUUAUGCAAACGUUUCUAUCAAUUCUGUAAAUUAUCAACAACUAUCGAUUAAAAAAAUAAAUAAUGUUUUAUUUAAAGUAUUAGACAUCAUUUAACUGAGACACAAUGUUGAAUCCACCUUAUACAUGGAUAGAUAUAUUUUGACACGAUUUAUGAUGGACAAGAACUAUCAGCUGCCUAUACUUGAUGACAGACCUUUACAGUGACUUUAACAACUUUAACCAAGGUCAACGAUCAGCUGGUUUUCAGUGCUGACGGUGUCUCAUUUCUUUUGGCUCACUGUACUAAUAAUAGAAUAGAACACAUUUGAUGUCCCUCCAUGUUUCUCAGCUCAGAUCUUUUCCCUGACAACUUUCCAGCUUGUUUGUUCUCCUCCGCAGCAAAAUGCUCGUCUUUGAGUGCCAGAAAUGGCUGUCUAAAACAAAGGCAGGAUGUUACUUAAUGCUAGCUAGCUUUUUCUCUUUCAAAACUUUCCCUUGAAAGCACCAAGUUAAUCAAAGCUCAGUCUAAAAGUAUGUUUUAGCAGUUAUUUGCUGAAUUAAUUAAUAAGUGACUUGUAAAGUAAAGUCGUUACUCAUGUGUCUUGAGUUUGAGACGAGUGGAGUUGAAAAGUGUAAUGUGUUGUAUGCAGUAUGUAUGCUGCAUCGACUUAUAUGUCAUGGCUAUUUAAUUACAGUCCUCGAGGGCCAUAGCCCUGCUGGUUUUCACUGUUUCCUUCUAAUCAAGGACUGAUUCAGACCUGGGACAUGAGGUCAAUGAAGGCUACACACUGCACUAUGACAGGUCUAAGUCCUCUCUCCUCCUCUCCAUCACCCGUCAGAUCACCCUGAUGGGCACGCCCAUCCUCCGGCAGGAGAACGCGCUGCACUCCAGUGACGUGGCCAUGUUCGAGGGCCACCUCUGCAGCCGUGAGCCCUGCCACAAUGGGGGUCGCUGCAACCCCCUGCUGGAGACCUACGAGUGUGUGUGCCUCCACGGCUUCACAGGCCCACACUGUCAGAACAGUAAGUGAACAAUGAUCCUGAACUCAAUGCAAUGUUUUGUCAGUAAUAUCAAUGUCAUGCUUGUCUUAGUGUCACCCUUUGAAGGAUGAAACAGAGUUACCCCUCUGUUUCAUCAUUCUCACACGUGCGCACACACACACAGACAUACAUGCUACACACAUACAUACUGCACACACAUACACUUUACCAACCCCAUUAACCUUGGCCGUAUGCCCUACUGUCCCUUUACAUUCAUUAAAACAAUAAGCGCAUGAACGCUCAUCCCAGAUCAUCACCAUCCAUUGCCAGACUCCAAUUAAAGGAGCCAUGUUUCCUAAUGAUUCAUGUGAUCUCAUUCAAUGUUCGUCUUCCUCCUUGUCCUCUUCCUCGCAGCUAUCUUCGAGAAGUCCGCCGGGGAAAUGGAGUCCAUUGCCUUUGAUGGCCGGACAUUCAUUGAGUACCACAACGCCGUCACCAAGAGGUAAGGGAGAUGCCAUCUUGUUCGUUGAUUCUAAUGCUAAUAGCCUCCAAUACUAAUUUUAAUUGGGUUGAGCAAAAUGGCCUCCGAUGUUAACACUAACCGGAAGUUGCGAAAUGGCUAAUGGUUAAUGGCCUCCCCAUUCAUAUUCCACUGCAGUAAGUGGCGGUGACAGAGUUGAUUAUUCCAGGCCCAUUAGGGGCUUCGUAGUGAACCGGGUGUUAGCUAAUAGUUCAACCACUUUCCCUGCACUGUCUCUGGUUUUGACUAAAUUUCGCUAAUUAGCGGCACGGCUAACAAUUACGGGAUCGCCCCGAGCGCCCCCCCCCCUCGCUCGCUGUGCGCCGAGGCGGACUGAGCCGACACACACUUAUACACGCACACACACACACACACCAUACCAUACCAGCAUAGCACAACAACCAUAUCAUCACUCUAUAGGCUUUGUUAAAAUGGGGUUUAAUUUAAUAUUAUUUUAGACUUAGAGUAUGUGCGACUGUGUCCCCUCAAAUUAGCAGUCCCAAAGUGUCGGUUGCCAUUUUUAAACACACACUAGCUAUAACAGGAAUAGCCGGAUGAUGUAGGUGUAAAUGGUUUCUAUACCGGGUGUGAAAGCGAGAAAAACGUAUUCUGCCUUCCAGGCAGCCGCUUAAACAUUUGAUCCUCUACCAUCCAUCUAUGUCUUCCAUGCUGGCUCUCACGCCCGCAGGUUGGCACGCAUUAAAUGUUUGUGAUGAUGAACCUGAAAGACAUGGAACAUAAGGCUCCCCAUCCAGAUCCAUUACAAGUCUUCCCACAACACUCUAAGGCGUGAAAAUGGGAGAAACAGACAGUGAAUUUGUGGUCUUAUGAGCACAACACAGAGCACAUGUGCAUGCAUGCACACACACACACACACACACACACACACACAAACAGGGCAAAUAUUAAGAGAGAAUUGUAAGAUCUGUCUGUAUCCUCUGUCUGUUGUCCUUGUUAAGCCUGUCAGAUGUCUGUGCUGCCGUCCAUCUGUCUGUCUUCUUCUGUCUCUUGUCUGUCCGUCUCAUAUGAGUGUUCCUUGUCUGUCCUUCUGCUGCACUCAAGCCAACUGACCAAUGAGAUUCCGGAGUAAGUACACAUAAAGGAGUCCCCAAUCUUCCCAGGUUUAGUCAAAGCCAGACUAACCUAACUAAUACAAAGCCAGACUAACCUAACUAAUACAAAGCCAGACUAACCUAACUAAUACAAAGCCAGACUAAUACAUUACGAUAGUUAACACAAAGUAAUAGAUUCUAUUUUUAUUUUCCUUCUAUAUCAUCUUCAUCAUCUUACCCUAUGCAAGAUAGCUAUCAUGUGUAUUAUAUUUAAAUUGGCCUACAGGAUUUUACAUUCAAACUCCAUGCCCAUAAUUGGAUUUGAUCUUUUCUCAUUACAAAUUCCUCAUCACACUCCAGUCUAAAUGAACGCAUGACUGCAUGAAUCCACAGAAAGCAGGUGCUAUACUGUAUGCAUGGUUGUAACUAUAUUCGCCACAACCAGAAGUAUAUCCACGUACCUUAUAUUGGAUGGUAUUAACUGUCAUGUUGAAAAGAAUGAGACCCCUUCUUAACUGCAAGAUUAUGGGCUGAAAUAUUCCCCUUCCUCGGUUUUGCUGCCAGUCCCACAUCGAUUAUUUAACUGACUCCUCUAGGGUAACAAUUAGAUCUUACUUUGUUAUUAGUUUCCUCUUCGCUGUCAUUAGCUUGGUAAGUAACCUCCUGAAAGAAAAACAGAAAGCAGGGAAGUUGGAUUUAGGUUGAUUUAUGCCAAGCAGAUUCACCAGAUAAUUCGAUAUCCACAUUCAAGCCCCUGUCAUUUCCGGUUAGUCCAAUCUCCAACUGCAAUUAUGAAUAAUUAUCGAGUCGGCGGCAGAGAAAAAGAACGACUGAAAUGUUAAUCAAAGAGUUAUUUCCUCUUUGUAAAAUUAUUUAAACGAAAGACCUCAAAUUGAGGCCGAGAGGGCAACGAUAUCCUUUAGGGCGAUGAUCAUUCGAGCUGGACUGGCCAGAUCGUUAAUAGUUGUCACUUCCUGUAAGAGCGAGGGGCGCGAUUAGUGGCCAAUCUAGGCCAAACCAGAGCUUGCCGGCAAUCUCUCUCCGAGCGAGUGGCAUCGAUUCAACCUUAUCUGGUGUUGAACAGGGAUUAAUGAAUGAAUUAACAAAUAAAUUAAUGAAUUCCUCAGAGGAACGUUAUUACAACGUUAUUACAACACACAGACCACCACUUUCACCCUGGGCUAAUGUUGCUGUUACUAUUUACAGCAGCCAAGAUCAGUCUUCAUUGGCUGAUGCCUCCUCUUUUGAAACCUUGGGUCGAUUCUCUCACGCAUCAUUAUUGGAGAGACCAAUGAUAUAGGGCUCCGUCUCUGAUAAUACGAUAUUUGACCCCAUUUUUGUUGAUUACCCAAUUUUUCUCAUUUGGCGCUUCCUUCACUCAAGAAGGCCACACACACACACCACACUGUCAUCAGACUCAGUAAUAGUAGUAGUAGUAGUGGAAAACUUAUCCCUAAGGGAAAAUUGGGUUUGCAGCCAAAUUAUGAAAAACAUUAUUACAUUGUUGCCCAACUCUCCCCUUAAGACACGUCUUGGGCACUGACUUGGAGUCCUAGUGGUGGUGUGGUUGUCGUCAUCCUCUGAGGACCUCAUUAUGUUGCUGUGCUGCUUCUGGACCGUGAUCGCAAUGGAUCUGCAGUACUGUAUCUCUGAUCACAGUAAAGCUCCUAGUACUUCGUAGUAUAUCCAUACUACCGUAUUACUUAGAAUGUAGUAAUGCAUUGGGCAUGCAUUUUAAGCAGUACGCUAGUAUGGACAUGAGAACGUAGCCACCCUGCUUUCCCAGCUCUCGAACAAAUAACUUGCUCUGUUUGCCACGUCUCCUUGUCUACGAAGCUCCUCUCUAUGCCGGGGUGACGAUACGUCACCCUGUAAGGGUCCUCGCGGGUCCUCCUUCCGCCCCCCUUCUUGCGCUUAUCGCAUGCCCUUCCAUUCUCUCCCCUGCUCCCUUAAAGUCCCGAGUCACUGGAGAACCCGUCAGAGCAGAGGUGAGUGUCCCCUGCAGCCUGGGGCUGUAGCCAGCGCUGUCUAACCAACCGCUAGCAUGCUGCCUCCCCAUCCAUCCCCACCCCCCUGACACAACCACCCGCAGGUUGCAGCCUAACCUCUCACAGCACAAGGAAACAGUAUUGGAGAGCCACACUAUUCAAUACUCUGGGCCCCAUAGAGAAAGUAUUGGAGGGCCACACUACUCUAUACACUGGGCCACUUAUGGAGACAGUAUUAUAGGGCCCCACUUAUUUGUUUAUCUGGAUCCCCAUUAGCUGUUGCAAUGGCAUCCAGGGUCUAUUAAGACAGAGUAGCUCAGUCGUCCCAAUCAUCUUCAGCACUAGCAGCCAAAACACCAUCCAGCCUUGCAAUCUCUAUGCAAUGUUCUCCACCUUCAAUCUCUAUGCAAUGUUCUCCAUACAAGCCUAGCAAUGCUCUAUUUACUACUGCCAUCUAGAGGCAAUUGGGUGCACAGCACUUUAUAAGCCUUUUUUUUUUUUUACUUCAAUCGAUGAGGAAUAAAAGACGAGAACAAAACUCCAUAACGUUAGUCUAUUAUUCAUCCAGAAAGUAAGCCACCUUGAUAGCAUUUAAAAUACUGCAUACCUGCCUUGUUUCACAUGCUGUCCUUAAUUCAAUUCAAACUUUGUCCCUGCAGGGAAAUGUAUUAUGCAGCCAGGAGUCCAACGCAUAAUAAGUCUAGUCAAUAUAGUAUAAAUACAGUAGUAUAGUAUAUCCUUAUUCUGAUGACUGGGGCCUUAUUAUUCCUGACAAUCCAUCCUGGUGAGGAUUUAUUUAACCUUGUCCCCAGGCUAUUGCGCACAGAAGUCUGGUGCGUAACACUAUGGCUUUGUCUGAAAUGGCACCCUAUUUCCUAUAUAGUGCACUACUUUUGACCACGGUCCGUAUAGGGCUCUGUUCAAAAGUAGUGCACUAUAUAGGGAAUAGGGUGCCAUUUCAGACACAGCUUAUGAUUUAUUUGGGGCCCUGGGUACUGUGAGGGUUAGGCCAGGGGAAAGGAGUCCAAAUAUUAUAUGAGUUUAUCUACCGACCGUUUGUGUCUAGUGGGUUUCUUUGACACUUCAUUCAUUAGUCACUCUGUUUUGUUUGUUGUUCUUCAGUGAAUUGAAUGUGUCUUUUUAGAAAGGAAACUUUUCCCUUGGAAAUCUUAAACUCAAAUGUGGUUGCGGUGUAUUAAGAGACGCAUCCAAUUCCACUUUGCACUCCUUCCUCUCUGCUGGGUCAAAUACUGUACAUGUGUCAACCCCCUGUUGGCCAUACCUGAGCAGAAACCAAAUUAGAAGCCUUAAUUAAACAAUCAGUUCAAUCUCUUUACCCCUGUUAGCUCAUUAGCAGUAGCCCCGUUUUUGGCCAGCCUGAUGACAGAAUCAAGUCAAAUCAAACUUGAUUUAAAGUGGAUCGAUUUAGGCGUAGUCUGCUGUAAUUUUCUUCUCCUCUCCCCAUGUCCUGUGAAUAACCCCCUGUGCUCCCAUGAGCCUCUGUCUGUGCUGACUUGUUUCGUAUACGUGUCAUGUCUGUCUCUUGUAAUCUGUGUCUUGUGUUCCGUGUCGUUCUGUUCUGUUCUGUGUGCUUUCUGUCCUCUGUGUGCUUUGCCUGUGUUUGUCUCCGUUUUUUGUUUACGAUCCUUUUGAAAACUGUGUAAGUAGUUGAGCCUUGUCGGCAUCACAAUACAUUACAGCGAUACCGAUUGGUGACAAACACACACACACACACACACACACACACACAGGGGGAACCGUGGAGAACAAAGGAGCUAUUUUUAUAAAUAGCAUCCCUUCAGGAGUGUUUGUGUUUGAGGUCUGUACCAAAUGGAGCUGUGUCUGUAUGUGCAUGAACAUGUUCCUGUGUGUGUGCGAGUGCAUGAAUGUGUGUGUGUGUGUGUGUGUGUGUGUGUGUGCAAACCACCACCCCAGCUCCAGUCAGGCUUUGAGCAGCGGCCCCACUCUCCUAGAGCCGACACAGCUGUGACAGUGACACAGAGCACUCCUCCAUAGGAAAAGCCAGGAUGUCCCCGGGUCUCCACCCUUCUCCCCUCCACCCCUGUCCCCAGCUCCCUGACUCCCCCGUAGCACUGGCAGUUCAGAGACUAUGAUCAAACAGCACUUCAGACAGCUAGCUCCAAACCCCCCUGCAUCCUGCCCCGGUCCCUCCCCACAACAACCACCACCACCUCACAGGAAGAACAGAGGAGAGCUACUGCACAGUUAACCCAGGAGAGAGAGAUAGAGGAAAAGAGAGCUGGACAUACCCAGGAUGAAGUGGAAACAUCAUAGCUGAUCCAAUAGUCUUUACCUAAUCUUCCUUUCACUGUCAUCUUCUCCUUUGCCUCAUAGGCAGCAGCAGGUUAAAGGACCUGAGAGGAUUCCCACCAUGACCCUGUCAAGUGCUUUCAGAUCAGUUGUUAUGAAGGAAUCUAGGCAAGGAAUUAGGAUGCCAGUAGUGUAUUGGGACAGAGCCAUCACCGGCCACUACCAUUUCGGAUACACCCCGUCACUAUCAACCUUGAAUCACCUCUUGGGGUUCAUACAGCCAACACAGCCAGUAUGCAAACGUGCAAAUUUCACGAUCACCUAACUUCCUCUUCACUUCACUAACCAUUGUAACUCUCCUCCCCCUCCCCCGCAGUGAGAAGGCCCUGCUGGUGAACAAGUUUGAACUGAGCAUUAAGACAGAGGCCACCCAGGGCCUGGUGCUGUGGAGUGGUAAGGGCGUGGAGCGAUCUGACUACAUCGCCCUGGCUGUGGUGGAUGGCCGUGUGCAGAUGACCUAUGACCUGGGCUCCAAGCCUGUGGUGCUGCGCUCAACGGUCCGCGUCAACACCAACCGCUGGAUCCGCAUCAAGGCCAGCAGGUAAGACGUGCGAACGUGACCGUGAACAGAAGUGGUUCACUACUCAUGGUACACCCGUGGUUCCAUGAACAUUGUUGUUGUUGAAGUAUAGGAUAGCCUGUAUUGGUGAUAUUUUGUUUUAGGCCAAAUCCGCACUUCAACUUCACUUGAAAAGUUAACAUUUGACUUAAGUGGAAGUUAUGGAAUUCACCCCUAAAUUAAUAUUUAUUUUAGUAAUCAUUUAGUGAAAGAAAAUGACCAAACAGUGGAACAAAGUCAUGAAAUGUUCAACGUAAAGUUCAGCAUACAGAGUGUAUGGUUUUCAUAUUCGCUAGCUUUGGGUUAGCUUUUAUGCCACAGCAUUUAAAAGAAAGAUCCUCUCAAAAUAUAUUUUUGUAUUUUUUUCAUUAGUCCACUGUUAGUACUGUCCAAAAAAUUCAUGUUUCCUUUAAGUGUGAGGUCAUGUGUUAUGAAUGUUAUUACUUUGUCUGACAUCUCUUCUACUCGAAGCACACUAUGACAUAAGUGCUUACUUACCACAUAGUGAAGAUUUGAUUCCUUUGAAUCCAUGAAAGUUGGUCUCUGUAAUUUAGGCUCAGUGCGAUUGACAGACUGCUAAGUGACUGGCUGUGUCUGAAAUGGCACCCUAUUCACUAUAAGGUACACUACUUUUCUGGUCGAAACUUAUAUAGGGAAUAGGGUGCCAUUUCGGAUGCAAUUUCUCUCUCCCAUUCCCUCAAUCAACUGCUAAGCACACAAUCAUCAGAGCAGUGAAGACUUGAUUACUCUGUGAAGUCUUGAUUUCUGCUACAUGUCAGUUGAAGUGGAAUUUACGAUGAUGUAGCAGACAGGCUGUAAACAAAUGUUAUCUUCCCCCCAUCUCUCUCUCUCUCUCUCCUCUCUCUCUCUCUCUCUCUCUCUCUCUCUCUCUCUCUCUCUCUCUCUCUCUCUCUCUCUCUCUCUCUCUCUCUCUCUCUCUCUCUCUCCCUGCCUCUAUCUAUCCCCUCUCCCUCUACCUCCCCCCUUCUCUCUCACUCCCCUCCCUCUACCUCUCCCACCCGCUCUUUCUCCAUCUCCCAAUCUAUUCUUCCUCCUCCCCCUCUCUUAGAGCACUUAGGGACGGCUCUCUCCAGGUGGGCAACGAGGCGGCGGUCACGGGGUCGUCGCCCCUGGCAGCCACUCAGCUGGAUACAGACGGAGCCCUCUGGUUGGGUAGGUGGACUAAUGAGCUUGCGUCUUGGGGUUUACACAGACAGGCAGACAGGCAGAAACACAGACAGAAACACAGACACUCACACAACCUCUGGUUUGGUUGGUUCUGCAUAUAUCAAUCUGUCAGACACUAAAAUGCUGUUUUUAGAAAGAGCAAAUGGCAAGUGAGGAAAUGCUUAUCAGAGCAGGUCUAACAUUCUUCUAACAGUGCAUAGAACAUGGACUAGUGACCGAGGUACCGUUGAGCAACACAUAGGGUUAACCUGAAAUCCAUCUCACAUAGUACAUUUCCAGCUGUAACGAUGGUAGAAGUGUGCCAGAAAUGAGGAAUGCACUCACUCUGCAUUGCAAUGGAUGACAAAGAACUCGCUGGCAUGAAAAUAAUUGGUCUGAAAUGUGAGAUGAUUGUCCAACUCUAUUCAUGUAUUGGUUUGAGAAAUAAAGCUCUCUGACUAACCUCAAAAGUUCUCUGCUCAAGGUUGGCCCGUUAUCUUCUUAAGUUCCAUUUGGCCUGAACUUCGCUCAGAGAAAUGGCUUUUGAAAGAGCACACGCUGUGUCUAGAUGGAACAUUCGGAGGAAAUAGAAAAAAAUCACUUUCAAAUGCAUGUGGUCGUGCAAUGUGGUGGGAAGGUGUAUGUUUGAGCGAGGAGAGCCAGCUACAGGGACACAUGUCACACAUACACACACUAUUUCUCUCUCACACACAAACACACACUAAUGACACACCACACAAGCACACUGCUGUGGUUCCAAACAGGUGCUGAGCACACCCCGCGGCUAGAAUACAUUAUCCUUUCAGCAGGCCGCUCCUCUCUUUUAAAUCCCCCUCUUUCACCGCUCAUCAUUAAUUCAUCUGUAACUCGCAUGAAAUUAGCCCUGUCGAUCCCCGAAUCAGAGGCACGCAAUCCGAUUAGAGGGGACAGAGAGAAGAGACGGAAGGGGGGAAAGGGCUCGACGGAGAGAGGCAAACUCGCGGCGGAAUAAAACGAGAGAAAGAGAGAGAGCGAGAGAGAGAGAGAGCGAGAGAGAGCGAGAGAGAGAGAGAAACGGCGAGUAAUACAGGUGACAUAUCAGAAGGCCGACUCCCAUUGAAAAUGAAAGCAAGGUAAAUUCCAGUGAUUGUGGUAGCGCAGUCCUCCAGAGGACCACCGGUUUGAUGUCCUGUUCACCAGAGCUUCAUGUGUCUCUCUCUUCAUCUACAGCCAGUGUCAACAUCACACAGUAGUUAGUUACCCUUUGUGGCAUGAAACAUGUUCGCUUGUAGGGAGAUGCAAGGGAUGUGACCUCUAUCUAUCUGUGUGUGUGUGCAUGUGUUUGUUGUGUGUCUGUCUGUCCAUGCACCUCGGACACUGUAGGUCUCCUCUUUUCAUGAGUUCUAAAUCCCUCUCUCUCUCUCUCUCUCUCUCUCUCUCUCUUCCCCCCCUCAUUCUCACAGGUGGCUUGGAGGAGUUGGCGGUGGCCCGCAGACUGCCUAAGGCCUACAGCACUGGCUUCGUGGGCUGUGUAAAGGAUGUCGUGGUAGAUGGCGUGGAGCUCCACCUGGUGGAGGACGCCCUGAACAGCCCCAAAAUAUUACACUGUUCCGCCUCUGGCACAGCCACCAAGGCCAAAAAAUAGCCUGGCUAAAAUCACUCCCUCCAUAAACACCAUGUCUACUGCUGUAAUUAUUUUAUAUUUUUGUAUACUUUUCAUUGCUUUUUAUAUUGAAAAUAAAAAGAAUAUGUUGUUUUAAUUUUUUUUUUUUUUUUUU